GGAAAAGAAAAUUACGGUAAGUAUCAAUACAUUUUCCACUUUAAUGGAUAUCCUAUACUGACAGCCAAUAGAGGCGUUUUCACUGCAAUUUGCCAAGUAACACUGGGUCAUGUGACGUUACAGCUCAUAGGAAAGAAUUAGAUUCAAUUCUUUCCUAUACAAAGUAUUUGAAUGUGCAUGCGUAUCAGGGCCCCCAACUCUCCUCUAUUGCGUCGGACCAGCUACGAGGAAAUGGCGCCUCCUUGAUGACAUAACGGGAGGUGGAGACGUUGGCAGUGCCAAGGGAGUCUCAGCACUGGCAAAAGGUGAAUAAAAUUGUUGUUGGUUCUUCUUUUUUUUUUUAAUAUAUUUUUUUUAGUGCAAACAGCAGGGUCAGACAAGAGUGCUUUAGUAUUACAGGUUUGUAUUACUAAUGCUGUAGUGUUUCUUCAUAGGGUUUAUCCACUGCCUAACAUAUUAAAGUAGAACUGUCUCCUCAUUUCCUCACCCCACUAAACCCGACUAAAGUGUUGACUGGGGUGAGACGUGUGCAGUCAGGGUGAUGUCAUGAUCCUGGCACACUCGUGCACGAUCGGGCAUUCCUUCCCUAGUGAUGUCACAAGUGCACAGCCCUGUGAGGGUUAAAUUAAUCUGCACGGUAUUCUGGCAGUAUGAAAUUAAAUAAUGUUGGUUUUAAAAACCCAUAGAUAACUUUUGGUUAAUUAUGGAUUGUGCAAAAUCUCACAUGAAAGAUUUCUGCUGUAACACCCCCAUAUUUUAUUGAUGUCAUUACAUAAAUAAGGUGGCUAUGCUGGUCCUUAUAGAUGCAUGUGAACGCAUCCUCCAGGGCGCAGUAAUGUGAAUGCCCAUACAUUAUAAAUGAUAAAUAUUUCUAAAACCCUCAUCUUGUGUCUAACCAUUUAUAUAUCGGAUAGUAAGACUUCCAUUUUCCCCCCAAACAUUCCUACAUAUAAUUGUAACUCACUGGGGUAAAUACUGUCUCUAUAUAUGGUUGUAUAAUGAUAAUAUUGGUAAUGGCAGGGCAUAUUGCACCCCUUGCAGGCUGUCCAGCUUUAAUAAGCAGUAUGGUCACUACACAAUGAUUAUUUUCUCUCUGUUUAUCUUUACCAAUCUGUAUAAAUGGUAACAAAGUAACUCUCAGUAUUUAAACACUGACUGCAUGCUACAUGUGACCUUUCAUAAGCACUUUAUGUUCUAACUCAGCUGAACUUGCACAAUCAAAGCGCAGGCUGUGUUUUUGCCAGGUGAUUGGAUAAAAUCUGAUCUGGAGGUGGGACACUCUUCAGGCCACCAAUCAGCUCUCUGAUUGCCUGACGUUCUUGGAAUUCCCCUAAUUCGGACAAUUGGGGACUUUCCGUGCAGCAAAUUGUGCCGCCACCUGUGAGUGUAGCCCAGUACAAGCUGAGGACUGGAGACAGGACCUGCUCACAGGCCAGGUAGGGACAUCUCCUCCAUGCAUUGUAUGGGGCAUCACUCACUGAGCUCCCUUCCUUCCUGGAACCACACAAAGGUUACAGUUGCCAAAAAUGUACAGGAAGUGCUGUAUCUGUUUCAGAUUUUGAUACACAUGUUAUGUGGCUCAUAUGAUUCUAUUUGGUGACGUUUGGGAGGCUGGUUAGAACGCUGAUUGUGUGUAUUUACUAGCUAUGGUUAGAUAUGAGUACUCCAGCUGUAUUUGCCAGAUGCAAAAUGUUUUUUUUCUCCUUUGACACAUUAUUUUUGCAUGCAAAUGGACAUGGAAUGUAAAGUGCUGCCCUGUAAGUAUGAAGGCAGGAAACCAAAAAGGACCCCAAUGUCUUCCUUCAUUGGUUAAUUGAUUUCUCUCCAGCAGCAAAUGAGUGCUGCAAACUACUUCCCAGCGCUUUUCUUGCAGAGCCCAUCAGUAUGAAGAAGUGAUCACUAGUAACAGCAGAGGACGUAAAACCCACUUUCAACGAGUUAUACAGAGACAGGAGAUCCCGAACACACAAACCAUCGCAGAUACAGUAGCACAUGAUUGGUUGUAGGGCAUGUCAUCCAAGGGGGUUGGUGAAACAUGAGCCAAAAAUUCUGGUACAGCAUGUUAUAAACAGGCUAUAAACAAAAUGCAGACAAUCAGCCCUUGGUUGACCUGGAACCCAGGUCAUGAAAUCACACUUUUUCCAACCAAUCAGUUCUUCUAAAACAUUGUGUUUAACAGGAAGCCAAUCUGUGUAUCUGACAUUAACUUUACCAGACAUUUAUUUAAAUGAUUUUUUUAUUUAUGUUCUGCAGAACAUCUUCAUUAGAUUAUGCCUAAAGUAUAUCCAUUGUAUGUGAACUUGGUUUUGAAGGUAUGGGAUUAGGAGUAGAGGUUGUCUGGCUGAGAACUGAGAAGGGUAAAAGUCAGUGAUGCAGUGUUUGCGAUUGAUGCAUGCUGGGAAAUGUAUCCAAAAAGCGCAACGUAACGCUGGGGACAUUGUGUAUUGACGUGAUCGCAGACUUGACAACUUGACCAGUGUGCCAGGACGUGCGGAGAAUGCUGCUGAGCCACUUCUGCUUGGGUAAAAACACCCAAAUGUCUCAAUCCCUUCUCGCGGGCGGCUCCCUUCCUAUGGAAUAGCCUGCCUCCCACCAUCAGACUCUCCCCUAGUCUUGCAUCUUUUAAGAAGUGCCUUAAAACCCAUCUCUUUAGGAAAGCUUAUGGCCUCCAAGACUAACCCCUACCUCACAUACCCGUCUCUUGCCCUCUCCUAAAGGGCAGCCCACCUUAUUUGAUUGCAAAUUCCUGUCCUAAUGUGUUUUACACCCCACCUCCUAUAGAAUGUAAGCUCGAUUGAGCAGGGUCCUCUUCAACCUAUUGUUCCUGUAAGUUUAUUUGUAAUUGUCCUAUUUAUAGUUAAAUCCCCUCUCAUAAUAUUGUAAAGCGCUACGGAAUCUGUUGGUGCUAUAUAAAUGGCAAUAAUAAAUAAAUAAAUGCAUCUGACAAUAGGAGGAAAAUAAAAUUGCAAUGGCAGGGCCUGUUUCCCAAUCCAGAAAUAUAGAGCGAGAUUAGGACACAGUGAUCCAAGUGGCCCUGAGCUGAGCAGAGUUAGAAAUCUGGUUUCUUUCUAUGGUGGUGGUUCUUAAAGGAAAUCUAUUUAUUUUAAACAAUAGAGGGUUGCUCGUUUUUAUAUUUAGGGCCUCUUACUGCUAAAAUAAUAGGUUUCUAACCUUUAUUGUAGUCCAGCAAAGGGACAGUCUCCUCCCAGCAGUUCCUUUACCUGAGGUUAGAUAUUCAGACUUAUGAUCUCUUGAACCCAAUGCUUUUUGCCAUCGAGAAGCAUUGACAACUAUUUUUCUGCAUGACACUUAGCCGAUGCUUCUCGUACAUUAUAUAAAUAUAGAAUUAUAAUUUAAAUAUUGGAAAAAUAUGGACACUACACACCUUUUAUGAAUAACCACGUGGGGAUACAGACUUGUGGGAGAUUUGGUGUCUUUUGUUAAAGAAACGCUUCGAGUACCAUAACCACUGCACCUUGUUGUAGUGGUUAUGGUUCCAUGAGUAUCCUGGUGCCCUCCCAGUGUAAUUUGCCCUACUGUUUUAGAAUGGUUGGACAAUUUACCUCGGUCCCCCUAGGCAACCAUGAUCUGCUCAUGUUCUCAGCCUGCGAGGGCUAUUUUGCAAAGAUCCCCAGUGGUGGCAUCUCUGCUUGGGAUGUGGUGGUCUGGGGUGUGAAGCUAUGGUGUAUUAUAGUAACUUGAUGCUGUCCCCAGGGCUGCCAUCAGAAAUUUUGGGGCCCCUGACACAGUUCAAGGUUUGGGCCCCCAAGGCCCACCUCCUUGUCCGCCCACAGGGACCAUUCUGUGUCCACCCACAAGAAUGCUGUGUGUGUGUGUGUGUGUAUAGUCGAUGCAGUGUUUCUGUGUAUUGGAUGCAGAGCGUCUGUGUGUGUAUGGUGGAUGCAGUGUGUGCUUGUGUAGUGGAUGUAGUGUGUGUGUAAAUGUAUAAAAUAGGGGCUGCAUUUGGGGGAGAGGGGAGCCUUUUUGGUGGUAUUUACGUUUAUUUAACACACUAUUUUAUUCUGCUUCUUACCUGGCCAGGGAGGGGGGAGAUUGCAUCCCUGGUGUUAUGAUGGAGGGAACCAGCCGCUGCAUAAUGUAGAAGGGACCCUGCCAGCACCAGCUUAACUUUUUAGCAGCUCCUGUGUCUAACUCGUGUGAGCUUUGCCUGUGUGGAGCAUUGCCAUGGUAACCCAUGGCCACGCACUGCUGGCUGCGGGGCUCGCGAGAGUUGCAGGUACAGGAGCUGCUGGAAAGUUAAGCUGGUGCUGGCAAGGUCCCUUCUACAUUAUACCAGUUACGGGGGCCCUAUAUAUAGCGAGAUAUAUAUAUUAUUGAUUGCAAAAAUGGAAUGUGAGGCCCAGGAUUCCCAGAGCAGUCUGGGCCCCUCAGAACCGCCAGGCCUGUGACAACCAUUAUGGUUGUCAUUCCCUGAUGAGGCCCUGGCUGUCCCCCCAUGGCCACCGCUAUCUACUUUCUUCAGCUCCUGGUACUUCAUCCACCAGAAGCUCACAUUAUUAUUAUUAUUAUUAUAUUUAUAGAGCGCCGUCAAAUUCCGCAGCACUUUACAAUGGGUGGACGAACAGACAUGUAGUUGUAACCAGACAAGUUGGACACACAGGAACAGAGGAGUUGAGGGCCUUGCUCAAUGAGCUUACAUUCUAGAGGGAGUGGGGUAAAAUGACACAAAAGGUAAGGAUAGUAUUAGAUUAGUGACAGUUGCAGAAGAGGAAUAAGUCAGGAGCUAUUAACAGUUUAAUUGAUACGCUUGUAUGAAGAAGUGGGUUUUUAACGAUUUUUUGAAGGAGUGGAGACUGGGUGAGCAUCUAACGGAGGAGGGAAGCGAGUUCCACAGAAACGGUGCAGCCCUCGGGAAAUCUUGAAGGUGGGCAUCAGAGGUGGGAGUACGGGCAGAAGAUAGACGUAAGUCUUCAGCAGAUCGUAAGGACCUAGACGGGACAUACUUGUGUAUAAGGGAAGAUAGAUAGGUGGGAGCAGCAUUAUGUAGCGAUUUGAAAGCAAGAACCAGAAUUUUAAAUUGAGCUCUAUAUUUUAUAGGAAGCCAAUCUAGGGACUGACAGAAGGGUGAGGCAUGGGAGGUGCGGGCGGACAGGAAAAUGAGCCUCGCCGCCGCAUUCAUUAUGGACUGUAACGGCGCAAGUUGGGAGCACGUAAGACCACUGAGAAGCAGAUUACAGUAGUCAAGGCGAGAAAGGAUAGUGGAAUGCACCAACAUCUUAGUCGCAUCUGGUGUUAAGUAGGGGCGGAUGCGCGCAAUGUUUUUGAGAUGGAAAUGACAGGAUUUGGCAAUAGAUUGAACAUGAGGCUUGAAGGAGAGGUCGGAGUCAAAGAGAACACCUAGGCAGCGAGCCUGCGUGGUGGAGCUGAUGGUAGCACCGUUGACUUGGAGACAGACAGACACAGGAGUAACAACACUUGAGGGAGGAAAGACCAGAAUUUCAGUUUUGGUCAAGUUUAGUUUAAGGAAGUGGGCAGCCAUCCAGUCAGAAACAGCAGAAAGGCAAUCAGAGACACUAGUCAAGAGGGACGGGGAGGGGACAGGUAGAUUUGCGUGUCAUCUGCAUAGAAAUGAUAUUGGAAGCCAAAGGAGCGAAUGAGUUUACCAAGGGAGGCAGUAUAGAUGGAGAACAGUAGGGGACCAAGGACUGAACCUUGGAGGACACCAACAGAAAGGAGUUGGGGAGAAGAAGCAGAGCCAGAGAAAGAAACACUGAAAGAGCACUGGGAGAGGUAGGAGGAGCACCAGGAGAGAGCAAUAUCUUGUAGACCGAUAUUGCGGAGGAUGAGAAGAAGCUGUUGAUGAUCAAGUGUCAAAAGCCGCAGACAGGUCAAGGAGAAUUAGGAUAGAGUAGUGACCACGAGAUUUUGCAGCGAGUAGAUCAUUGGAUACUUUGGUCAGUGCCGUUUCCACAGAGUGCUUAGCGCGGAAACCAGACUGAAGCGGGUCUAGCAGAGAGUUGGACUCGAGGAAGUCUGUCUCGCAUACACAAUUCUUUCAAGGAUCUUGGAUGCAAAAGGCAGUAGCGAGAUAGGAUGAUAGUUGGAUGGGGAGUUAGGGUCAAGAUUGGGCUUCUUUAGAAUUGGGGUUACAGUUGCAUGUUUGAAGGGCGAUGGAAAUAUACCAGAGGAGAGAGAGAGAUUGAGAAUUUUAGUGAGAGGUGGAGAAAGAGAAGAAGACAGAGUACGGAUGAGAUGCGAGGGAAUUGGAUCUAGGGAGCAGGUGGUGGGGUGGGAGGACUGGAGCAGAGCAGAAACCUCUUCCAAUGUAGCGGGUGCGAAUGAACAUAGAACAGCAGAGGGAGUGAAGUUAGGGGAAGUAUUGUAAGGGGAAGAAGAAAGAUGAGAGAUCUCUUCUCUGAUUGUAGAGAUCUUGUCAGUGAAGUGAGUUGCAAAGUCUGAGGCGGUCAAGUUAGUAGGUGGAGGAGGAACAGCAGGGCGAAGAAGAGAGUUAAAUGUGUGAAAUAGUCGUUUGGGUUCGUGGGAGAGUGUGGUUAUGAGGGUAUUGAAGUAAUUAACUUUUGCAGAUGAAAGAGCCAAGCUGUAUGAGCUCAGCAUAAAUUUAUAGUGGAGAAAGUCAGAUGCACAGUGAGACUUUCUCCAACAGCGUUCAGCAGUUCUGGAGCAUUUUUGGAGGUAUCGAGUGAUCUUGGUGUGCCAGGGUUGUUGUUGAGGGGGCCUGCGGCGUUUAAGUGUACAAGGUGCCAUGAUGUCUAGUUGAGAGGAGAGGGUGGAAUUGUAGAAGGAGGUUGCAGAAUUAGGAUGUGAGGUUUUAGAUAGGUAAAAGCAGAGUUUGGAGAUUAGUGGAGAAAUGCUCUAGGUCAAGAGAUUGGAGGUUUCUGUGAGAGUGAUGUUCAGACGGUGGUGUCAAUUGGGUCUUAGGUAUGCCAAUGUCAAAAGUCAGCAGAUGGUGGUCAGAGAGUGGAAAAGGAAUAUUGGAGAGAUUAGAGGCAGUACAGAGGUUGGUGAAGGCAAGAUCAAGGAUGUUUCCCGCUGUAUGGGUUGCUAAACGGACCAUUGUGUAAGGCCAAAGGAGGAGGUACAGAGAGCAGACGAGAGGUAUCAGUGCAAUUGAGGUUGCUGAUUGGGAUAUUGCAAUCCCCAAGUAUAAGGGAAGGAGUGCUAGAUGAGAGGAAGUGGGGAAGCCAGGAAGAAAAUUGCUCCAUGAACAGUCUAGGACAGGGGUAGGCAACCUACGGCACUCAAGGCUGCUAGAGCCAAACAGGCUCUGGCCUAUCAGGAGUCCCAGUAAAACUUCAGAUAUCUGCUAAUACGAAGAGGUGGUGAAGGACAAUCCUCAAUUUAAGCAUUGCAGUACAUAGAGGAAGUGAUCACAGAUCACUUCCUCCCAGCACUUCUGAAUGGGAAUCCACACUGUAGUAGAGCAGCCCGCAGCUCCUGUCCUUGACCUGUACCUGGCCAGCCUGGUCUCCACUGGAACCCAGGGAAGCCACACACACUGCAAGAUAUACACAGAAAUGCAGAAUAACACUCCCCUCAUACAAAUAAUAUGAACAGCCCACACACAAACAUACAUACAAUCCACACAAACGUGACCCGCUAAAAAUCCACAUACAUUCACACAACCCCAUAUGCAGCCUCUCACAUGCAAUACCCCAAACAGCCCCCACACACUACCAAACACACAAUGUGACAUAUCCAUUCACCCACAAUUCCACAAGCAGCCCCCAUACACAGCCCACAUUCAUAUGUAUCCUACACAAUACCAUAAACUACUCAUAUACAAUAUAAUAGCUCAAAUACGCACAAAUACAACGAUACAAAGCACUUACAGUAAAAAAUAACACAAGCAUAAUACGGCAGCAUACACACCUCAAUUUAAAAAAAUAUGAACGGCACGCUACAGGACAUCACAAUCCUAUAUCGACACAGUUCUGCUAAAAGGUUGCCUACCCCUAGGAUAACCGGGGGGGGGGGAGGCAGGGGGCGGUAGAUGAUAGCAAUUCUUAAAGGGGUGGAUUUAAAUAGGCGGACAGUGUGAACUUCAAAAAAGAAAAGGAUAGGGCAGGGGGAGUUAUGAUUGGUUGAAAGGUACAUUGAGGGGAGAGAAGGAUGCCUACGCUGCCUCCUUUACAGUUGAGUCUGGGAGUGUGAGAGAAUUGUACUCCACCAAAACAUAAAGAGGCAGGAGUAGCGCUAUCAGAAGGGGACAGCCAGGUCUCUGUAAGUGCAAGCAGUGUGAGUGAGUUUGAGAUGAAAAAGUCGUGUAUGGUUGUUGAUUUUAAAUUACUGCAGAUGGAGCGGGCAUUCCAGAGCGCACAAUUAAUUUUGGUAGGUGAGGGUAAAGGGCAGGGUAUUGUGAUGAGGUUUGUGCAUCAGUGCUGUACUCUUACAGUAGUGCGAUAGUGCACCACUAAUCUCUAUGGAGGUUCCCCCAAGACUGUGGGUGCCUCUGUGGAUAUUAUUAUACGGUCAACUUGAUAGUGGUCAAAGUAGGAUUUUACCAUAAACAAAGGAGUCCAUAUUUUGUCUUAUGAUAUCUUCUGACUGCAUUGGAAUUUCACUGAAAUUCCAGAGCAGUCUUUAUCAACAUUUCAUGAAAAUUGUAUUAUGUAAUUCUCAUUAUUUUUUUUCUGGUGACAGUCAUUAUAAGGAGGGCAAGCACCAAGUAAUUAGUAGUUCCUUUAACUACGUGAUAUAUAUAUAUAUAUAUAUAUAUAUAUAUAUAUAUAUAUAUAUAUAUAUAUAUAUAUAUAUAUAUAUAUAUAUAUAUAUAUAUAUACAAACACACACACACACCUUUUGGUCACUCCAUGUGGUCAAUAAACUGAUACACCCAGUCUCUAGUACUCAAAAAUAUUAUUUCUCAUACAAUUUAUUUCUUUAUAUCGAGACUUGAUUCUGAGUGGAGCAGGUUUAGGGUGCUCUGUUAAAAAGAUGAUUUGCAAAUAUUAUGCAUGUGUUUAAAAUUCUUGUGGAUCUGAAUUAUGUUUAAUUGAUCAGUCAUUGUCAUGUUGCAAUAAAAGACCAAAGUACAGGAAUGCGCCAAUGGUGAAAUAUAUAAAACCACAACUUUAAAUUAAAAUAAAGUCCUUAGAAAUACAGGUAAAACAAAGUUCACGGACAAAUACAGGAAGGUAUACCAUGUUACCAGGUACAGUCCCAGAAUAGUAUUACUUCUUGUCACAAGUUUCCAUAUAUUGUUCCUGAAUUUGGCUUCAUUUCAUGACCAGGUAUGAAAGAGAGCAGAAGAACAGAAAAAGACAAUAGUGCAUUAUCUCACGUUUUGGGGUUGUGGAACCCAAAAUGCAGUACUGGAAAAAUAAGCAAAGAAAGUCCAAAGCAAACAGAGUCUGAUAAGGGGCAAGGCAAAGGCAAGGUCAGGAAUUUCAAGGUCAAAAUCCAGGCAGCAAGGUUCACAAACGGUAAUCAAGCCAAAGGUCGGGUAAAUCCAUGAGAGCAGGUAGAAUACAGCAAGGUAACAGGGUAGGUAGCACAGAACAACUGAGCAAUGAAGGCUCAGCUUUUAUGUGUUUAAAUAGAAUGCUAUCUGUGAAACGCACCUAUUUUGGUUAAUCUCCAUAACAUCCUAUUGGUGUAUGGAACUGUCUAUUACAGGGGUUGCUAUGGAGUAUAAGAAUUUAACUUAUAGUUUCCAGCCGCGUCCGCGAGUGAAUCAUGUGGCAUGGAACAAUCUCGCACGUCUACUGUUGCUUGGGAGAUGUGACACAAUCUAAGUUCGGAAGUAGCGGCCCGCCCAAAAAUGCUGUAGUGGUUAUUGUGCCUUCAUUAUUUAUUUAAAUAAUCUACCAGUGCCCUUCCCAAGAUUAGGUUCUGGAUCUGCCCCUGACCGGAAAACAUUUCUGCUGAACAGGGGCCCAGUAUAUGAUGCAGCGCUGUACAUAUAUAUAAUCUAGAAAUGUUUUGAUUUAGGGCGCUUUAGAAAAAAUAUUGAAAUAUUAAGGAUGCCUCGGACCUAAAAAGUUUGGAAACCACUGGCCUGUACUUUCACUUUGUCUUUACGUGCAUGUUGUGUUAAUUUUUUUUUUCCCAUUUAAUUUUGUUUGAGUUAAAGUAUAACAUUGUAGUCUUAGAUUAUAUGUAUUUCUCAAGAGUUUCCUCCCUAUAUGGAUGCAUUCUAUGUGUAUAGUGAAAGUAAUCCGGUCCUGUGGCAGGGAUAUGGCUGCGAGAGGGGUAAAUUAACCUGAUGAGAUUAGGUCCUGGCUGGUUGAUGUAGUUGAGCUUACUUUAUGAAUAAUCUGUUGUUUCCAGUUGUGUUAUCUGGUGAUUGAUCCAUAUGUGGCUCUAAAAUUCCCAGAUUUUACUAUUAACAUGACGUAAAGUCAUGAUUUUAUUAAUGACACGGAGGCGAGUAUUAUGCUAUCUCUUUCUUACUUUAUUCCUCAGCAGCAAAGAGAAAUAUAAAACUGAAAGAGAAAAAAUGUAGAUAUGCAAUAAUAAUAAUAACAGGUACAACCAGAUCUGCCUAGUAACAGGGCAGCCAAUCAGUCUCUAGGAACAGUCCAUAAAUCUCUAUCCUUGUACUUCCACUUCCUCUUCUUUGCCUUCCGAACCGAAGACCCAAAGCAAAAUAUCCAAGCAGUAACUAAGAAACGUCAAACCGGUAGACAUCAACAGACCGGAAUCAAGCUGUAAAACAAAGAAAUAUGUGGUAAACUCCAAACUUAGGAACUGAGUGUAACAUAUCGAAUAUACGUGACCUGCAGAUAAAGAGCAUCAUAAUCAAAAUCCAUGUACAUUUGUCACACUCUAGAACACCAUAUACUCAAUACAAGUACCUCAUGUGUACUUACCGUGAGAUAAGACGAACCCCCCGAUUGAACCCUAAGCGAAAACCAGACCCAGACCCACGGGUGACUUUACGUCAUGUUAAUAGUAAAAUCUGGGAAUUUUAUUAAUGACACGGAGGCUCCUAUUAUGCUAGUUUAAAGCUGAGCCACAACCAAUGAAGAAACAUGUUCAAUCGGGCGGAAGUAAAAAUCACGGAACGUAGAUUCCUUAGACCAAUCUGCCGCUUUCAAGAUAUCGUCUAGGCGACAUCCUAUCGUAGAAGCCUUUGAUGCCAUGGCACCCCUAACUGAAUGAGCCGAAAAAACCGAAGUGUCGAUACCCGCAGCAGAAAGGAGAUCUUUAACCCAGCGGGCGAGCGUCGGCGACGAGACCGGUAGAAACGGUGCUUUCAAGGAAAUAAAGAGUGGAGGCAAGUUAGUUGACCUCAGCAGCCGGGUACGAUCCAAAUAAACCUGGAGACAAGCCACAGGACACAAAGCAGGUCUGAUGGAGCAUCUAGGGUAGUCCACCGACUUGGAAGCCGACUUAGUCCUCCUCGAGAUAUUAAACGACACACCUCCGGGGGUGAACGAGACGUUCCAGUCCAGAGCCCUGACGUCCGACACCCUCUUACACGAAAGUAGACACAGGAGCAUGACCAGUUUCCAUGAUAACUGCUUGAGUGUCAAGUCCUCAUUACAGGGCCAGGAGUCCAAGAAUCCAAGGACGACGUUAACGUCCCAAAACGAUGAGUAUCUAGAUCUUGGCGGUCUAGCAAAGCGGAUACCUUUCAACAAGCGGCACACGAUAGGAUGUUGUCCGAUCGGAGAUCCGUCUAUCCCUUGAUGUCCGGCCGAAAUGGCUGAUCUAUAGACAUUAAGGGUACGAUAAGCCAAACCAGAAUCGAAACGUUCCGUCAGGAAACCAAGCAGCGCAUUUAGAGGGGCAGAAAGUGGAUCCAGCAAUCUUCCCAAGCACCAGCCAGACCACACGCGCCAUGCGGUCCUGUAAGCCGCUCUGGUACCUGGUGCCCAGGCAUUCUCCAAUAGUCGAGCAGUUGUCUGCGAAACGUCCGUGACACACCAGGGUCUCCCGAGAUUAGCCAAGCCGUGAGUUGAAGUAAGUUCUGAUCCACCAAUUCGUGCAAUUUCCCAUCCGGAUCCAGAAGCACAUCCGGCCUCAUUUCGAUUAUCCGUGGGAAAUCUAUGGCCAUCUCCAGAAGGCGGGGAAACCACGGUUGAGAGUGCCAGAGCGGAGCUACCAUUACUAUCGUGCAAUUCUGCCUGGCCGAGUACCGGGAUAUCAGGUUGAACGGUGGGAACGCAUAAUGGCGUCCCGGCGGCCACGUCUGCAAGAACGCGUCCACUGCCGUGGCCGCUGGGUCCGGUCUCCAACUGAAGUACUGGGGUAGUUGGGUGUUCAAUCUGGACGCGAACAAAUCCAGGUGAAGUGGACCCCACAACCGUUCUAUCCUUUGAAAUGUCGAGGACAGCAAGUGCCAGUCUCCUGAAUCCUUCAGGUAGCGCGAGUUCCAAUCCGCCCACUCGUUGUCCAGACCCGGAAUGUGCUCGGCCGUAACCGAUACGGCAUUGUGUAGGCAAUACUGCCAGAAAUCCUUUGCCAAGUUCGCCAACUGCUUCGAUUUUGUCCCCCCGAGGUGGUUUAUGUACCUGACAGCGGACACAUUGUCCAUACGUAGGAGGACGCAGCAAUUUCCCUGCGUCGGAGAUAGACUUCGAAUGGCAAACGAACCCGCCAGAAGUUCCAGGCAGUUUAUGUGCAGAGCCGAUUCGAUCUCUGACCAUCUUCCACCGGUGGAGACACCGCCACAGCGAGCGCCCCAGCCAUGCAGGCUUGCAUCCGACUCUAUUAUCACAUCCGGCGCGGAGCCGAAGAUCGCCCGGCCGUUCCAGGCCUCCAUGUGGUCCAGCCACCACCUUAGUUCGUCUCUGGAGUCCCCGUCCAGGGUCAACACGCUCUCGUACGAGCCCCUUGAGCGAAGAUGGGACCCUUUCAAACGUUGGAGUGCUCGAUAAUGCAGUGGGCCCGGAAAAAUUGCCUGAAUCGAUGAGGCCAACAGGCCGAUCACCCUCGCCAAUUGCCGGACGGAGAGAGAGGUGGCUCGCAGCGCCCGUCGUAUCUCCUUUUUCAUCGAUCGGAGUUUUGCCUCCGGGAGGAACAGAAACUGGGUGACUGAAUCGACCUCGAAGCCCAGGAACUCUAUCCUUUGUACGGGGGUCACAAUGGAUUUUUCCCAGUUGACGAGGAAACCUAGUCUCUCCAGGAGACUCACCGUCCAUCUCAGGUGCCUGAGAAGUUGCUCGGGGGAUGAAGACAUAAUCAGUAUGUCGUCCAGGUAGAUAAUCAUGCGGACCCAUCGUGCCCUGAGGAAGGCCACCACGGGCUUCAUUACUUUCGUGAAGCACCACGGAGCUGAAGAUAGACCGAACGGCAGACAUGUAAAACGCCAUCGACGACCUUGCCACGUAAAAUGCAAUAAGUCCCAAUGCUCUUCUGCCAUGGGUAUAGUCAAGUAGGCAUCUUUGAGGUCUAGUUUGACCAUUCAGUCUCCCUGACGGAGCAGGUCCCUGAGACAAUGAGCGCCCUCCAUCUUGAAGUGAUGGUAACGUAGGAAAGAAUUGAGGUGUUUGAGGUUUAUCACUGGACGUACGCCUCCGCCUUUCUUGGCGACAAGAAACAGGUUGCUUAGAAAUCCCGGGUGUCCGUAGGGGAUUUCUUGAAUAGCUCGUUUGGCAGACAGUUCCGCAAUCUCUGCGGUAAUUAAUCCGGCCUGUUCUGCUGGUAAUUUCAGCUCCUGUGGGAGAAACGUCUGGACAGGGGGAGACAACAAAUCCAGGCGGAAACCCCUGACCGCACUGAGAACCCAAACAUCCGUGGUGAUCAUACUCCACACAUCGAGAAACAGUGCCAAUCUGCCCCCCACACUCGUUCUGCAAGAUACAUGUGUUGGUGUACUCACCGUAUGGGCGUCUGUAUGAGGGUUGUCCACGACCUCCCCGACUCUGCCAUGGUCUCCCCCGUGAGGGAAAAAAGGGCGUUGGCUUAUAGUCUUGGUAGGUCCGGGGGGCGGAAAAGGAACCUCUGUGAGUCCUCGUGGGACCUCGAGCUCCACGGCCGGGCGGACGGCUCCUAUACCUCCCGGCCCCAUGGGAAACCUUAGGGCCGAACACCCUCUUCAGGUUGGACUGCGCCUUAUCUAGCGCGGUAAAGGUACGGACAAAGGAGCCUAAGUCCUUAACAAAACAUUCUCCGAAGAGCAUACCCUUGGCCGAAGCACCAGGCUCCUUCACUGCCAGGUUAACUAACUUGGGCUCAAUUUUGAGUAGAAUCGCCUUGCGGCGUUCAGCCGACAUGGCUGUGUUCGCGUUGCCGAGAAGGCAAAUCAACCUCUGGACCCACCCAAUCGCUUCAUCCAAAUCAAUAGGCUUCGUUCCAGCCUUAGCCGCUUCCAGAAGCUCGUAAAGCUUGGCGGCGGGGCCCAGGGUAUCCAAGAUCUUGUCUUGGCAAUUAUGCAGCGAAAAUUCCAGUCCUUUUCGGGGCUUCCAACCCGUCUUAGUUAAGAACUGAGAAAUCUGGGGGUCAACCUCUGGCGUCUUACACGCCGAAUCAGGCACCGAAGGCCUUGGGCACUCGGCCCUCAGUUUACUGCGCCCCUCCUUGGAAAGGGGGGUACGCAUACGAAGCGCCAGAUAAUUGGCAAUAUGCGCGGGCGGGUCCCAUUCCGCCGAGCGGGGAUGGCGAAGGUCAUCGGGAUCGAACAGGGGGUAACCCUGAGGAUCACAGAUGUCCUGCCCCUCACCCGGCGGAAGCGCCGAAGCGUCAAACUCCGCCUCAUCGCCGGAAACCCCUUCCUCAUAGGAGGCUUAAUCAGGGGGAUCCGAGUCUGACUCUCCAGUUUGAUCGGUAUCCGAUCCAUCAUCAUCUCGGGCACGUGCCCGUUUCCAUUUUCUGGCCGAUUUUGCCCGGCCAGCGGCUCUCUUGCGCGGAAACGCGCCAUCUGGGACGGCCAUAGGCACGUCAGUCAAGGCAGGUGUCACCUGCGUCAUCUCUGGAGAGACAUGUUUAAAUUUUGUUUGUGCCUUGCGACCCGUAUGAGGCUGCAGCGCAGGCAGGGGAGCAGGCAACACGGCAGGGCCCAAAGGUUGCGACAGCGCUUGCUGAAUAGUGUGAGAGAGGGACGAGGACACUGUCCCCAUGGCUGAAGCCAGGGCCUUCUGCAUGGUGGAAUCAAAAAGGGCCUGGAACUCCUGUGAGGGAGUAAGGCCCAUACCCCCUGUAAUAGGGGUCUGAGAGGAGUCCAUAAUGGGGUAACUGGGACUACCAGAACCCUCACUCCUAGCCUGCAUAAUUAACAGAGUCAAAUAGAAACUGCAAGUACUGCCCCUUUAAAUAUCUGAGACAAGGAGCAGAGCAAAUCUGUAAAACCUAAAUAAACUAAAACAGGUGACAGAAAAAUAAACCUACACAGUAUAAAGGGUUGAGUAACCCACCAGGAACAAACAAACUAUAUAUAAAUACUUGCACACAGUAAUGGGAGGUAAAAGGGAGCCGACCCAGCCGCGUGGAAACCGAGGGUAAGAUGGCCGCCGCGCGCAGAACGCGCCGCGGCCGUUUCCAGGCUCCUCCCCUGCUAAUGGGCGGGGAGCGCGACCACACACGCGGCCGGCACUCCUCGCACCAGCGGGAGAUCGGGUUGGCAGAUAAGCGCAGCCGCACACGCGGCCGCGAGGGAAAGGGGACCGGGGAGCAGAGGGCUCCAGAAUGAACCUCCCCUGCUAGCCGCGAACCCUGUCUGAAAGGGGGACGGCCAGACAGACAGGGGAAGCGGCGGGCAAACGCAGGGGAGGCAAACAAUAUGUACCACCAAAAAAGGUAUACCAAUCAAAAGAACAUCAACAUAAAGCCUGUCAAUAAGGCAAAUAAAAGACAAUAAGCAAACAGAAAACGAUAACAUAAAAUAACACAGGCAAAAAACCUUAGUAAAACCCAUCAAUCAAAAACCAAGUAGGAGAGAAAAAUUAUACUUAGCUGGUCUGAGGACAGCAGCAAAGAAAGAGGAAGUGGAAGUACAAGGAUAGAGAUUUAUGGACUGUUCCUAGAGACUGAUUGGCUGCCCUGUUACUAGGCAGAUCUGGUUGUACCUGUUAUUAUUAUUAUUAUUGCAUAUCUACAUUUUUUCUCUUUCAGUUUUAUAUUUCUCUUUGCUGCUGAGGAAUAAAGUAAGAAAGAGAUAGCAUAAUAGGAGCCUCCGUGUCAUUAAUAAAAUCCUGCUAUAAUGGAACUUGAGUGAUCUUGAAAAAGUACGUUCUUUACGAAAUGCGUUGACCAUUUAUGUGAAUCUUUAAGCCAUUACUGUUUGCAUUAUGUGAUUGUUUUUAAUUCUUUUGAAAUAAACAAAAUCUAUUUUUGUGUAGUUUAGCUGUAUCUUUUUGGUAAUGGAACACAAUGUCUUAAUUCUUUAUGUAAAUCAGGAAUCCGAGAUUGGAGCUCCUCAAGCAUAAGUCCCCUUGGGAAGUGGUUGUUGAAUGCAGUCAUUUAGCACAACAAACAUUAUACAGCACAAAACUAGAGGAUGAAACCCAGAGAUUUAUGUUUAUUGGCUAUAUUGCUUAUACUGCCCCUUUAUUUUACUUCAUACAGAAGAAUUUAUUCUUAUAAAAUCCCAGAUAGCAAUCUUGGGGAAAAAAGAAAACCUCAUGUAAUUUGACAAAUCGUACAAUGUGAAUAUGAAAAUUGUGUAACAUUUCAGUUGCUCCAGCAUGAAAUUGAGCAACUUUGACUGUUGGAUGUAGUAUGAACCUGUUAUAAGCUUGGAUAUCUGGCCCAAUUCAUGCAAUACUUAUCCCAAAUAUGGUAAGGCACUCAUGCUCAAGAUAUAUAGCCCUCCGCACAUUCUGUUACUGUAUAUCCAACUUGUCCUGUUGCAAAUACUUGUUAGUUUGCCUUGUUGAAAUUCACCCUUGGUGAAGUAUGCCUUGGACUCUCAAGGCUUGCAGAGGCAAGUAACUCUUAAUGCUUGAGUAGUAACAUAGGACUUAAAAUUGUACAGCAAUAUAUUAUUUAAGUAUCCCUGCCAGGUUACCUCACCAGCAAAUUUCCCUGGUAUAUAUUUGCCUACAUCAAAAUAUGAGCAUAAUAUGAACCAAGAGAGUCAAGCUCCCCAGAUACCCAAGGUCCAUGACAGAUGCUAGGGAACCAGGGCAAUCUGAUGAUGUGCUACUGGACCAUACUAUUCAUGGACACAAAGUGAGAACCUCAAACCUGCUUAACUUUAGGAGCCACAUCUACACUUAGAGGAUUGCCAACCUGUACCUGUGCCCUGGAAUGGCAAAGCUGCUUCAGAUAUUAGAGGGAUAAUUUUAGAAAAGCUAUCAGCCCUGGAACACCAGACAAGACUACCAAAUUAACAGGAAAACAUAAAGAGACACUUAAGUGACCAGAACAACUACAGCUGAACUUUCCUCAUAGAGAUGUAUUGAUUCAAUGCAUCUCUAUGAGGAGAUGUUGAUUGGUCAGGACUUUGUUUGGCUCUCCUCUGGCCCGCCUCCGCCUUGGCUGACAUCGUUAGAAUUGACGAUCUCAUCGACUCCAAUGCUUUCCUAGGGGAAGUUCUGAUGAUUAUUUCAGCCAAGGUGGAGGCGGGCAGAGGGGCAAGCGCCAGAGGCGAGGAGCCCUGUGCGGCACUAGAAAAAAGUGAGUAAGUCACCUUUCCAACACACACGUGUAUUCCUGAUAUUUUAGAACUAUAGUGUCAGGAAUACACGUGUGUGUGUUAGUGACACUAAGGUGACCCUUUUAAAUGAAAAUUUGUUAACCGAGGUUAAUGAGGCACUAUCUACAUUCUCAACUAAUACCACCACCGAGACCAAAAAACACAUAUAUAUCAUGGCAUAGUGGUCUUCAAAUGCUUGACUACAAGAUCAGGUUAGAAGAUAAAGAACAAUCCUCUUCCACUGACAGCACCCCUUCAAAGAGCUGGGGCAAUGGGUGUGUGCGGCAUUGCAAGCCGUUCACCAGUGUGCUGUGCCUGCAGACAUACCGCAUGCACAGAAGUAAUAGUACCUAACUUGUUCUGGGCUGGCUAAUGAUACCCCAAUGAUGCUUCCAAAGGUAGGCUUGCACCUCUGUCAGCACAGGGGUCAUUCUACUUAUGUGCAACAGUUCAUAGUAGAUUAGGUUUAGAUUUUUCUUUUUUUUUCUUUCUUCCAUAGCUUCAAAGGAGUAUGCUAGCUUGCUGGGCCCUUUCUAUGCACAAAAAGGCUAAAAUCUGAGAUUACCUUCAAAUACAUCAUAGAGGCAUGUUUUAAAUGUUAGUUGUAUCCGUGGUAAUAGGUUAUGGCAUUGUGGCAUGUGCCACUGAAAAGGGCUGGGCAGGCAGUUUGUUUUAUUCUUUUAGCCCUGCUGUGGGCAAGUGGCAGGGCUGCCUUGGGGGGGGAGGGAAAUGACUGGAAGCAUGAGGUUUGCACCUUCAGCCUGUGCAGACCUCAGUAAUGGCUCCCUUGCGGUCCAGGCACUCUAGUGAGUCAGACCGCAGUUGCUGAAUAUUCCUAGCUUGCACUCUGACUCGCUGAGUGCUGGACUGCGAGGCAGAUAUUGGUGAGGUCUGCAUCUGCCAGUGGUGCAAACCUCACACUUCCCCAGACUUAAUCCCUGCUGGACCAUCGAGGAGCAUGAUUCUACCUCUUACCCAUUGAACCAUCGGGGAUUAGAUUCCCCCUUCCAUAGAAAACCAAGCAGGAGGGUGCUACACAGAGCACGACCAAACACAUCACUUACAGCCAGUGCACAACACACAGCUUGUAUUAUUGAGUAGAUUGUUUGGUAACGCUCUAAACGAUAGGUGUCAGAUGUUUGGACAGGGGCUGCAAGGGGUGCAAUUUCAGAGCUUAUCCCAGGCACUAUUUUCAGUCAACUAUAGAAAUAUAGCAAUGUAUAAAAAAAAUUGGAAUUUCCUACUUUGAAAUAAAUGCAUAAAAACACACAUUUAUACUUAUUUUAUAUUGAUGUCCUGCUGUAUUAUCCUGUUAGAGUUCUCUCUUUGCUCUCCAUCUAGACAUUUAUUACCUUCUAUAAGGGGGUAUACGUGUGUGUGUGUGUGUAUGUAUGUAUGUAUGUAUGUAUAUAUAUAUAUAUAUAUAUAUAUAUAUUAUACAAUUUUCAUCACUUUUAUACUCAUGGUGUAGGUGUUUUAUUUAUAAGGCACUUUAUAUGCUUUGCACUUAAGGUAUUUUAAGUGUGUUUUUAUGGUUUUAUAUUUGUGCUGUUCAGUUUAUUAAUUUUUGUGUAUAAAAACACACAUACAUAAGAACGGGCAAUCGAUGGUUCUCACACAUUUCCUGUGUGAAUCUUUUUCAGAAUUAUGUCAUUCAUGAACUUCAUAUCUUUGUGGUUUUAUUUUUUUUUCACACAGAAUAAUCGUUUGAGAUUUUCCAUACUUACACAGUUUUACUUUAUCAGAAAUCUUCCAGGACUUAACUGUCUCAAUGGAAUCACUAGCACCCUUAAAGGAACAUGUCCACCCCAUAGCAACUUAUAACUCAUUUUAAAUUGUUAUGGGGCGGGAGUGCCUGAGCGCCCUCUUACAUUCAGGAAUAAAACUGUUUUGCACAGGCCCGAGUCACUUCUCCCUCCCAACUUCCUUACUCACUGCUCUGUCAUAUGAGUAGGAAGGCUUAGCCAGUUAAUGCACUCAUUGAGAGCAAUAGCACGAAUAUAUGUAUGGCAUACUGCUCGGGCCACACCGUGCUUCACUGGCUCUGUGCGUGGAAAAAAUCAGCACAGUCCCAUUCACAAAACUGUAAGAAGAUCUGUAAAGAAAAACCUCCCCGCAAGUGGCUUAUUCCGCAGUUCCAAUCAUCCUAAGGGCUGAACAGCUGCUGGAGGAUGGAUUUAUGAAAUAAAAUCGUACCCCUUACACCAGAAUGAGAGACUCCUGAUUGGUAAAAGCUCUUCCUGGUGUGGGCAGAACUCUGUAAUGUUAGCUUGUUUGUUCAAGUGAAGGAGCUGCAGGGAUUUUAAAGGCUCUUAAAAAUGUUAAGCUUUGUUUUUUAAUUUCUGAAAAGUUUCUGUUAAAAAAAAAAAAAAAACAACAACAAAAAAAACCUGCAAUGUUUGAGCUGCUCAUGAAAGUCUACUGAUAGUCCUAAUCGGCUUCAAAUUCUUAUUUUUGCUUACAUUUCUCCAGCCGUUUUCUUUAUACGUUAUUUGAUUACCAAUGAAAUAUUCCUGGGUCUGGGUAAAAAAAAAAAAAAAUCUCUGAUAGAAUAUAUAUAAUUCUACCUAUCAGAUUUUUAAAAUACAUUUUAAAAAAGAUACAACCGUAAAAUUUAAAGCAAAAAAAAAAAAAAAUCUCUGAUAGAUAAUACAUAUUUAUUAUCUAGCAGAUAUUUUUUUAUUUUCUGUCUUAAAUUUUACGGUUGUAUCUUUUUAAAAUGUAUUUUUGGAAACUGUCAAAAAAACAUAAAAAAAUAAAAAAAAACCAGUUUGGUCAUCAGAGUCAGGAAGUGCUUUGCUUACGGGUAGAACUUGCAUGUGUAGUCUGUAGCAGGCCACAUAGAGAUUGUGGAAUUUUGUGCUGCUUUUUAGUUCACAGUACAGUGAGUCACUUGUGAAGUCCUCUAACCUCCGAACUUCGUCUGUGUCUUUAUUACUCAGCAACUAAAGACCAGUCACAAAAAUAUUAGGGUACUGUUAUACUUCUUUUUUUUUUUUUUUGUGUGGUAAUCUAGGGUUUUUCGCUUGGGCAAGGUAUAUUGGGGACAUGCCUUUUUCAAUGUGAUUAUGAUUUAGAUCUUCUGACAGUCUAUUGAGCGACGUGCCAAAUCUUGCACUGAAUCUGUACCGAGCUAGAUCAGGCAUUAUUGUGACAAGAGUACAUCAGAUUUUAGGAACAAGAGUACAUCAGAUUUUUGUCCUAACAUUGGAAAUUCACAAUUCUUGGUACUCUUCUGGCUCCUUUCUUUUUGUGCUCUAGCCUUAUUACAAGUUAGCGAAUUUAUAGAGUUUCAAUGUUUUAUUCUAGAGUGUAAUUCGUUUCUUCAAGGGCUUUACCUGUAGUAUAGGUGACUGAUGUGAGAACUGUAUUGGAACAUUUAAACCUAUGUGAUACACCGCAUCACCUGAAAAAAUCAGACUGAAAAUCUACACAACAUAUAGAUGGGUUAGUGUCUAACAAGCUUUUUUUUUUUUAUUCUUUAUUUUUUCAUGCAAGAAGAAAAAGUACAAUGAGGCAGACAAUGCCACAAUAGCUAUUGCCAGCGUAUCAAUCAACAUGUGCAAACAUUUAUGCGGCAUAGAUAAACACUGCACAUUUUAUAUUUAUUGUGUGAUGUAGUUUUGUCUAGAGUGAAAUCAACGUGUCAGUUAGUAGUGAUUGCUUACAAGUUGCGUCUGCAGAUUUAUAUACUGACUGUGUUGUAAGAUGAUAAUGGCACAUAUGUACCAAGAUGGUUAUUAGAGCCAAGAUGGUGAUUGGAGUAGGUCGACUAGCUUUUUGGGGGUCAUCAUUUUGGGGGAUGGGAGUUUGCAGUCAGAUUCCCGGCAUGGUGUUGCAACUGGGGAGCAGCCGUCUCCCUGGCGCCUGCCAUGCUUGUAGGCCUCAUGGUGAGUAGUGCUCGGUUCUUCGCUUGAGAGUUGUCGUUCUCUUCACCUCGGUGCCUUGGAUUCACGAUUCAGUGCUGGUAUGAGGGUGAAUUUUGGCUUUAAGUGCCGAGUUUAGCAGGAGCUGGUGAGGUGAGCGUCCUCACAGCUCUGUGGUCAGGCCCUGCCCUUCCUAACAAGCGUUUUUUAUAACUUGGCUUGCUUAUUGUUUACUCAUCUCCUUUGUUUGCUUUGUGUGUGUGUGUGUGUGUGUGUGUGUGUGUGUGUGUAUUUUUUAUAUAUAUAUCUAUCUAUCCCCAUUGGACAGAGGUGUUUAAUAUGCAAGUACCUUAAAAUUAAUUGUUAAAGCACUGAAAUACUGGCGGAUGAGGGGUUUGACAGGGUGAAUUUAUAAAAGUGCCAAUCUCCAUUGAAAUCUGCACUGUAUGUAAACUAUUAUCUAUUGACUGUAAAAGUAUGUUAUCAUUGCACUCCUAGAAAAAUAGGGGGAAAAAUAUAGAAAAUGGUGAUUUGUUCUUCUGAAGAUACAUUCUUCUGGGACUUGUUUAACAGCUGCUAUAUUGUACAUAUCUACUCUUGCUCUAGACAGGCAGGUUUAGUGCUGCUUGGGCCUUUAUAUCACUGUAAUUCCUACUGUUAUAUUUACUUUUGCUUUAAUCACUCACGUGUAACAGGGAAAUGCUUCCAUUGUGGCAAAAUACCUAACUAGUUAAUAAAUCGGGUACAUUUAAAAAGGCAAGCUUGAUUGGGGGCUGACCCUUUCUUAUUUCAAUGAAUGGAUAAUACGGAGAAAUCAUUUUUUUAAUGUUAUGCAAAAACAACAAUCCAAAGUGAUUAGAGAUGGAAAAUAUACUCACGCUGCUGCAUUCAUCACCAUGAAAUAGUUUGGGCAAUCUUCUACCGGUCUUUUGAGUCUGAAUUGCUGAACUUGACUAGAGAGUACUUUCCAUUUAAAUGGACACCCAAUGCAGCAGAACCACUACAGCUUGCUAGGUGGUGCUAGGAUUGUUCUGGCAUCCCCCAUUGUAAACAGGUGAACUAUUUUUGAACAGUUUGACUUCUUACCUGGUGUCCACCGGGUGCUUUUCUUGUCUUCACUACUAACCCUGGAGGUUGCUAAUCUUAUUUGCAUUGCAUCCUGCAGUCCAUGUCUUAGCUAAUUUGUGGAGAAUGUCAGGGCUUAGUUCAGGAGAGCUAACUGGAGCUGCUGCUUAGGAACGACAAGUUCUUCAUUGUUAGCAGUGUAGGUAGGAGCAGCAUUCGGUAGACCUCGUGUAAGAAGUCAAACUGUUCAAAAACCGCACUCCUGGCACAAGAACCACAAAAACAAGCUAUUUCAGAUUGCUGGCUGUGUAGUGAGCAUGUGUGUAUGUGACUUUUGCUGGCUGUGUAGUGAGCAUGUGUGUAUGUGACUUUUGCUGGCUGGGUGUAGUGAGCAUGUGAAAUUUGCUGACUGUCUGUAAUGUUUGUGUGUGUUAUGUUUAUAUGUGUGGUGUGUUUGUGCUUUGCAUCCCUCCAACUGCUUAUUUUUCUGCAGUGAUGGGGACUAUGGUCCAAUGGGGGUUAAAUUCCUUGAUGGUCUAGUGGGGUUAAAACUCCCUGGUGGUCCAGUGUGGGACCUUGUGACUGUGAUGUCCAUUUUAGAGGGUUUUUUUCCUGCUGCAGUGCAUGCAGGGAGGAGGAGGAAGUGCUGGUCAUCUGGAAACCGCAGCCAUCUUGUUGAUUAACGAAUUUCAGCCAACUUGGGAAGACACUGAGACAAUGGUUACAGGUUAGGAAGCUGUGUAAUGUGUAUAGUAAGAAAGCAUUGUGUUGACUCAUCCUGUAUACAGUAAGCAAUACACUGCCUCGGGAUUUGAGAUCUCAUGCCUGAUAGUAUUAUUUGAGUAAAUACUCGCAGCAUUACAUUUGCUAUUUUGGCACAAGCCUACACUUUGGGCUUAACAAUGGCUACGGUAGCUGUAAACCAAAGCACUGGCUCCCUUGUGGUCUGGUUUCAGGGGCUGCACUCUAACGCCUUAGUAAAUGCUGAACUGAGAGGGAGCCAGUGCACUAGAAGGUGCAGUCCACACAAUCUCUGCGGUGGAAAAAACUGCCUGGUUCCCGGAGCUACAUGUUCCAAGCGUUGGGCGAUCGAGAACUCACACCCUUGAUAUUACAUAGUUACAUAGCUAAAAAGAGACUUGCGUCCAUCAAGUUCAGCCUUCCUCACAUAUGUUGUUGCUGUUGAUCCAAAAGAAGGCAAAAAACCUGGUCUGAAGCGCUUCCAAUUUUGCCACAAACUAGGAAAAAAUUCCUUCUUGACCCCAAAAUAGCAGUCAGAUGUCUCCUUGGAUCAAGCAGCUAUUACCCCACUAAUUAGAAAUUAUAUCCCUGUAAGUUAUGUCUUUGGAAGUAUUUAUCCAAUUUCAGUUUAAACAUCUGUAUGGACUCUGACAAAACCACCUCUUCAGGCAGAGAAUUCCAUAUCCUUAUUGUUCUUACUGUAAAAAAACCUUUUGUUUGCCUUAGAUGAAAUCUCCUUUCUUCCAGCCUAAAUGUGUGACCUCGUGUUCUAUGUAUAGCCCUGUUUAUGAAUAGAUUUCCAGAUAAAGGUUUGCACUGGCCCAAAUCCUUCUCGUGUGUGGUUAUCCCUAAUUCACUACCAUUUAGUGUGUAAAUUGCUUGUGCAUUCUUAACCCUGAAGUGCAUAACUUUGCAUUUCUCUAUGUUAAAUUUCAUAUGCUAUUUUAGUGCCCAGUCCCCCAAUCUAUCCAAAUCCCUCUGCAGCAAAGCAAUAUCCUGCUCACAUUUUAUUACUUUACAAAGUUUUGUGUCAUCUGCAAACACUGAUACAUGGCUUUCAAUGCCUAUUUCAAGAUCAUUUAUAAAUAUGUUAAAUAGAAGUGGUCCCAAAACAGAACCCUCAGGGACACCACUUACCACUUUUGUCCAGCCUGAAAAUUUACCAUUAAUUACAACUCAUUGUACUCUAUCCUUAAGCCAAUGUUCUACCCAAGAACAAGAAUAUUCAUCUAGACCAAUUUAUUUUAGUUUGAAGACUAACCUAUUGUGAGGAACUGUAUCAAAUGCCUUGGCAAAAUCCAAGUAGAUCACAUCCACUACAACACCCUGAUCUAUACUUCAACUUACUUCUUUGUAGAAUGCAAUUAGGUUAGUUUGACAUGACCUAUGUUUCAUAAAACCAUGCUGAUUAUUGCUAAUAACAAAGUUCUUCCCAAUGAAUUCUUGAAUAUUAUCCCUUAAUAGCCCUUCAAAUAUUUUCCCAGUUACAGAAGUUAAGCUCACAGGUCUAUAACUUUUCAGGCAAGGAUUUUGAUAUGUAUAUUAUCUAUUCAUUUCUACAUUAUCCUAAACCAACAGACUAUCUCUAAACAUUGACCCUACUAACCGUAAUUUAUCCCCUUACAUCUACACUAACCCGAACAUAAAAAAUAUCAUGAUAUCAUAACCGUGAAUCAUGUAUUUAUGGUAAAAUGAAGACAUAUCAGGGAUCUGGAGACCUCGAAAUACUGAGGUGGCAUUAUUUUCCCAUAACACACGAUCCAAUAUUCUCUGUCGAAGAAGAAGUUACAAGUUCUUUCUUUCCCCUAUGUGCAUUGCUAUUUCCAGUAGCAGAAAUGAUGAACAUCCACAAAGUUAGCACAAUACAAUGCCUUUUAAACUUGUACUUUGUAUCUUGGGAGUAUGUUAUUUACUAGAAUUACUGUCCAGCAGUGUUCUCAUAGAACUUUCUGUGAAUACUAAAACUUUCAAAUAACUAAUCUUACAAAACCACAGCCUGGAUAGACCCCUGGGUGCCUUUUUUGUCAAGAAAGCAGUCAAGAAAGGCUUAAAAACCUUUUCUUUUACUUACCUGACUCCAUUGCUCAGGUACUUUGGUCCUGGAUCGGGCUCCACCUCCCGCGACUACACUGCACUGAGGGAACUAAUGCGCAUGUGCAGCGAGCAAAAGAGGAUGUGAGGAUGUCCGUGUCGUUUCACACUAUGAAAAUGCAGGAAAUGCUUAAGACUGUCUGGGAUAGAGCCACUGGAAUCAGUCUUAAUCAUGCAAUGUACAUGUUGUAGUUUCUCUAAAACUGCAAUUUUUUACAUUGUAGGCAGGCCUGGACUGACCAUCAGGGAAAGCAGUCAAAUAUCCGGUGGGCCGUGAUGGCCAUGGACCAAGGCUGACAAGUUAGAUCAAAAGAUGUUCCCUGCCGGCUCAAAACGUACAGCACUGUCCUUUCACGGGCUGUAGUUGAGCUUAAAUUACUGGGGAAAUGAGCCAGCAGCAUGCAGGGCAGUCUCCAUCUCUCCUUGCAAGCUCAGAUAUUGUCUGGUGACCCGUGUCAACUCUCUGAAACACCGGCACUCGCAAGUGGGAGAGACAUGGUCUGUACCGUGCAGAGGUACAGACCAAAUAAUUGGACCACCAGAACAGGGGCCAGCAUGCCCCCUCUCCCCCUGCAAGGUAAUAAGAUGCGCGUGUGUGUGUGUCUGCACUUUUUGUAUAAUAGGGGGAAAAAAGACUGUGAAGGAACACCUGUACUCCAACCAAGUACCUCCACCCAGUCUGCUUACUAGCUUAUUGCUUGGACGCUUGAACGCUUCAGCCCCAGUCGCCGAAGCUUGACUGGGGUCUUUCUGGAGUUCUUUCAUUCCAGGCAUGUAACUUUCCUCUGCAUCUUUCCUUCCAGGCAGUUAUGCACCUCUGCUUGCCAUGUGAUAACUCCUGUCUUAUAGCUCCCUUAAAAUCCACACAGGACACACCGUUCCAUAAGCGACUACCAUACUCAGAUUUAUUUUUGCUUGCGACUAACUCAUAUGCUUGUUACGUUUAGAUUACUGUGACAACAUCAAUAAAAUACAAAUAUUUAAAUCAUACUGGACAACAUGCAGGGACUUAUAAUGACAUAUUCAUAAAGGGGUGUGUAAAACAAUAAUUAACACAAAAUCUCUCCGCCUGCUGAACUGGCAUUAUGGAAUCUACCUGAAUUUGCAAAUUAUCAAGCCUUGCUAUUCAGGUAGUGCAUAUAAUGUAUAGGCAUAAAGGCUGCGAAAAGGCCCCACAGCCAACUCCACCUUGUUGCCAGCAAGCAUCAGCAGGAGAGCAGAGCACACAAUCUAUUUAACCACAAGCAAUUAUAUUAUACACACUGCACCUAUAAUGGGCACAGGGUGACUAAAACACAAGAACAAUUCAGGAACCUAUGUAAAGUGUCCUUCUGUUCCCAGUGAUGGUGACUGCUGUCACAUAGACACACCCUUCAUACAUAAAGCAUUUCAGUAAGCCAAAGUGCUUUAGGGGUCUAGAGUAAAUAUUCCAUGUCAACACGAGUUUAAGGUAUCUACAUGCAAAGUGAAUGUUGGAGAUACUUGGUACCCUGAAUUACCCUGAUCUGAGGAGAUCCUGAUUGUUCAUGCAGUCUGUGAUGGCUAACCUCAUAUCCAAAAUUGAUUAUUGGUCCUGUAACAUGGUCAGCCGUAUUUGAUGGGAAUGUUGCCCAGCAGCUGCAGUAAGACAAAAAGUUAGAAACAUUUAUAAGAACCAGUUAGUUUUUCUGGAAAUAUGUUUAAAAUUUGUACUAAUUUGCUUUAAUGGAAGGAGGAUUUCAAGUAGCACAGUUUAAAGCUUUUAUGCUUCCUUGUCUGUAUAUGCCGCCUUUCAGGUCUGAACAAUUAAUUACCGCUGGGGCAGUAAAGCACGUUGAUGCCAAUAAGUCCCAUGGCUAACCUCUCUAAACAGCUGUUCUGCCAAAUUGACCGCUGUCCUGUGAUCAAAACAAUUUCCAGCAUAUGUCGUUUUUGUUCUAAAGAACCACCUGUACCAAGUUAAAAGCAUGUUGAGUUCUCUUGGAAUCGAAACUUGCUGCAAUUGCUUUAUAUCUUGAUUCUGCUUGGAUUCAGCUGAUGGAACUAUCUUUAAGUACACAUUCAGUAGAAGGUAGGAUGUGCAGCCCAGGGCUACACAGCGUUUAAAUUCCAAUUUUGGCUGGAGUAACAUUUUGUGUGCAUCACCUUAGACAUCAUGAAUAUUACUCUUUAAGAAAACAUUCUUCUGGAUUUUGUUACUCAGUAAACUGGCAUGUGUCACACAUGCACUACCAAUCCAAUAUGCACAGUUUGAUAUUGCUUAAUGUACCACCAGUUUUUAAGAAAUACAUAGACCACACUAUUUAAGUUUUUGGUGUCGGUCAUUGGCUUAUGGGUUUUUACCCAAUAUAUGUGUGUGUGUAUGUAUGUAUGUAUGUAUAUGUGUGUAUGUGUGUGUAUAUAUAUGUAUAUAUAUGUAUAUAUAUAUAUAUAUAUAUAUAUAUAUAUAUAUAUUUUUUUUUUAAAUUCUUUAUUUUUGUAGUGCAGAUAAGUACAUACAGACUUGUCAUGCCCUGAUAGCAAGAGUCACGAUACAUAGCUUACAUGCAAUGAGGCAUUGAGAUUAACGUGCACAAAUUAUUUUUUUUAAUGGUAUAACAGGAUUAGCAACAUACUGAUGAAAUUUAUCUAGAUCAAGAUUGACGUAGACCAGUGUUUCCCAAUUGGUGUUCCCGAAGGUUCCACGAGAACAAAAUUUGGGUUCCGCUGCAUUUUGCCACAUCCAAGCUGGCCGCAGUUACCUGCUGUUCCCGGAAGGCCGGAAACAGCAGAGAUCGCGGGAGCACGAACUUAAGCCCGCCUUGCCAGCAGCACGACUUGCCGUCAGAGCCCGCCUUAGCACCUGCCCUGCCAUCAGCCAGGAGUAAUAGAGAGUGGAGCUGAUAGUAAAAGCUCUGUUAUUGUCAUAGAAAGCUCUGUUAGGUAGGGACAUUGAAAUGCUCUGUAAGGGACAUUAAAAGACUGUGAGGGGCAUUGAAAAACUUUGUAAAUGGGCAUUGAAAGACUCUGUCAAGCAUGGGUGUCCACAGGAAUUUUUCCAGGGGGGUUGGACAGGGGGCAUAAUUGUAAUGACAUCCAUGCUUGGCCCCUUUUUGACCGUAUCAUGAAGGGGAGGGGCAUAGUCAUAGCCCCAUAAAGUCAGGGUGAAAAGCGUUUUCACAACUAUGGUGUCAGGAAUACAUGUUUGCUGGAUGUCCCUGCUUCUUGCGGUUCCUUUCUGCUCCUUCUGAUUCUAUCUCCUUUACCUUUGUGCUCCUUCUGUCCCUUCCUGCUCCUUGCUGCUCCUUUCUGCUCCUUUCUGCUCCUUCUCCUACUUUACCUUUAUGCUCCUUCUGAUUCUUUCUGUUCCUUUACCUUUGUGCUCCUUGCUGCCCCGUUCUGCACCUUCUCCUCCUUUAACUUUGUGCUCCUUGCUGCACCUUUUCAGCUCCUUGCUGGCCAUUUUUGCUCCUUCUCCUACUCUACCUUUGUGCUCCUUGCAGACCCUUCCUGCUCCUUGCAGACUCUUCCUGCACCUUCUCCCCCUUCCAGCUUGUUGCUGCACCAUUCCAGCUCCUUGCUGGCCCUUUCUGCUCCAUCUUUACCUUUGUGGUCCUGCUGAUUCUUUCUGUUCCUUUACCUUUGUACUCCUUCUGUCCCUUCCUGCUUCUUGGUGCCCCUUCCAGAUCCUUGCUGCCCCUUCCUGCUCCUUACAGAACCUUACUGCUCCUCCUCCGUCGAUUUCCCUAAGACAUUGUGGAGAACCAUCAGAUUCCCAGGCCUCUGGUAGAAGGCCUGAGAAUGAGGAAUAUACAAAAAAGUACCACCCGGAGGGAUGAGAGAGAGUGUGUGUGUAAAAUUAUAUAUAUAAUCUCAUUCUGUAGCAAUGUUGUAAAAGGUGAGCGUUACGAAUGAAACCAAGAAACAUUCCAUGAUUUUUAUUUUAUUUUUGUAUUCCAAAAUACUCUUUAUAUAUCAUAUUCUUGAUCAUUCUCACUUGCUUCAUGUUAUGAGAUGAAGCACAAUUAACCCAUCUGCAGGUUAAAUGAGCAGAUGGCCACACCUAGAUAGUUUGAGCCUGAAUUAGUCUUUGGACGAUUGUGCAGAUUCAUAGGUGUACAUUUUCCCAUAUCUUUACUUCCUUCAUUUAGUGCUGUGAUUACAGCAUGUGGGAGAGUACCAUAUGCUGCUUUGCCAGUAGGUAAAUAUUUGGGAAACUCCCUACAUGCGCUGGUAGUGGGAAUUGUUGUAAGUUCUGGAUUUAUCAGGGUUCAUUGACGAAAGGUCUCAAAAUUGGAAAAACGAUCGUCAAGACAUACAAAUUAGUACAUAGGAGCAAAGAAACAAAUUAACCAGACCCUUUGAUAAAUUAGAAUACCCUAAGUGUGCAAACUAUGGAGACACCAACUUCCUAACUGGUCAAAUGUCAGUACAUAAUAAAAUACCAAGUAUUCAAAAAGAAAAUAUUUGUUGAAUAAAAUGGCAAAUACAGAAAUAUGAGUGGAUUUAUUGCAAAAGAAAACACUAUCGCAAACAAUGGUAUUAAAUACAUUCUUAAAAUAUCAGUCUCCUAGUGCAGCGAAAAGAAACAAAAGGAACAAUAAUAAAAAAUAAAAAAGUACUACAUCAUAGUAACAUAAUUCGUCUAUUUUAUCUUUAACAUAGUUACAUAGUUACAUAGCUGAGUAGAGACUUGCGUCCAUCAAGCUCAGCCUUCCUCACAUAUGUUUUGGCUGUUGAUCCAAAAGAAGGCAAAAACCCAGUCUGAAGCGCUUCCAAUUUUGCAACAAACUAGGAAAAAAAUUCCUUCUUGACCCCAGAAUGGCAGUCCGAUAUCUCCUUGGAUCAAUCAGCUAUGACCCCACUAAUUAAAAAUUAUAUCCCUGUAUAUUAUGUUUUUGGAAGUAUUUAUCCAAUUUCAGUUUAAACAUCUGUAUGGACUCUGAUAAAACCACCUCUUCGGCAGAGAAUUCCACAUCCUUAUAGUUCUUACUGUUAAAAAAACCUUUUCUUUGCCUUAGAUGAAAUCUCCUUUCUUCCAGCCUAAAUACGUAACCUUGUGUCCUAUGUAUAGCCCUGUUUAUGAAUAGAUUUACAGAUAAUGGUUUGUACUGGCCCUGAAUAUAUUUGUAGAAUGUUAUCAUAUCCCCUCUGAAGUGCCAUUUUUUCCAAACUGAACAGAUUUACAUUUUUUUAACCUUUCGUCAUAAUUCAAAAUACUCCAUUCCUUUUUUUCAAUUUUGUAGCUCGUCUCUGCACUUUUUCUAGUGCCAUGAUAUCCUUUUUUAGAACAGGUGCCCAAAAUUUAAGGUGUGGUCUUACCAGCGAUUUAUAAAGAGGCAAAAUUAUAUUUUCAUCCUGAGAAUUUAUGCCCCUAUUUAUACAUGACAAAACCUUACUGGCCCUAGCAACUGCAGAUUGACAUUGCAUAUUGCUGCCUAAUUUGUUGUCUAUAACAAUUCCCAAAUCCUUCGCGUGUGUUGUUAUCCUUAAUUCACUACCAUUUAGGGUGUGAGUUGCUUGUGCAUUCUUUACCCCCCGAAGUGCAUAACUUUGCAUUUCUCUACAUUAAAUUUCACCUGCCAUUUUAGUGCCCAGUCCCCCAAUCUAUCCAAAUCCAUCUGCAGCAAAGCAAAAUCUUGCUCACAUUGUAUUCCUUUACAGAGUUUGUCAUCUGUAAACACUAAAACAAGGCUUUCAAUGCUAUUGCAAGAUCAUUUAUAAAUAUGUUAAAUCGAAGCAUUCCUAGAACAGAACCCUGAGGAACACCAAUUACCACACUUGUCCAGCCUGAAAAUGUACCAUUAAUGACAACUCGUUGUACUCUAUCCUUAAGCCAAUGUUCUACCCAAGAACAAGAAUAUUCAUCUAGACCAAUUUCUUUUAGUUUGAAGACUAACUAACCUAUUGUAAGGAAAUGCCUUGGCAAAAUCCAAGUAGAUUACAUCCACUGGAACACUCUGAUCUAUACUUCAACUUAUUUCUUCGUAGAAUGCAAUUCGGUUAGUUUGACAUGACCUAUUUUACAUAAAACCAUGCAGAUUAGUGCUAAUAACUUCUUGUGUACCACCAACCAUGUCUAUUUCUGCCUCUUUCCUUCUUUUGGCUCUUUAGUGUAUCGUGUUUAGAAGUAGUGGAGGUGGGAGUAAGACGUGCAACCAUUCUAAAGUGGUUUGACUGAUCACGCUAAGGGAGCACAAGGCACCAUAACUCUACAGUGUGCAGUAGUGGUUAUGGUGCUUGAAGUGUUCUUUUAUUUGCAUUUAAAGUUCACACAUAGGCAUGAUAUUCUGGUGUCAUAUUAAAGGAACAUGCCAAGCAUUGUAAUCAUUACAGCUUGCUGUGGUGGUUAUGGUGUCAGAGCUUCCCUGGCACUCCCAUUGUAAGGACAGUUUGACUUCUUACCUUGGGUCCGCUGGGCGCUGCUCUCUACCUCCACUACCAGGCCCGGACUGGCCAUCGGGCACACCGGGCACUAUCCGAGCGCCGGCCCCGCUGUCUUCCAUGGAGGGUCGGUGGGGAGAUCAAAGGUCUCCCUCACCGGCCCAUUUAAAUAGACCUGCGGCUGGGGAAAGAGAGGACCCGGCGGAGCUCUAUCUUGCAGCUCCGCCGGGUUCCUCUCGCGAGUUCGGGAGCUAGCCCUCAGGCUAGAGUUCACUCACCACUCGACUACCAGGGAUGGUGCGCGAGUGCUGGUCCCUCCCCUCCCAGACACCACGUGCCUGUCCCCCCCUCCCAGGCUAAAGGUAAGAAGGGAGGGGGGAUUUAAUGCCUGCUUAGUUUUUUUUUUUUAUUUGUAUAUUUACCCCCACUUAGUUUUUUAUUUAUUUACCCCCCAACACACAACAUUUAUACACAGCACCCUCACACACAUCAUACACAGCACUCACAUACAGCACUCACUCUCACCACAGUCAGCACUCACACACAUCACACAUCACACUCGGCACUCUCGCACACUCGGCACUCUCGCACACAUCACACUCGGCACUCUCGCACACAUCACACUCGGCACUCUCGCACACAUCACACUCGGCACUCUCGCACACAUCACAGCACUCUCGCACACAUCACAUCAUACACAGCACUAUCACACUCAGCACUCACACACAUCAUACACAGCACCCUCACAUACAGCACACCUCACACACAGCAUCCAUCACACACACAUACUGCACCCCUCACAUACACACACAGCAUCCAUCACACACACAUACUGCACCCCUCACAUACACACACAACCCCCCGAUACACUGCAUCACACACACACAAUACUUCCAAACAUAUUUAUAUAAAAAAAGAAAUAUAUAUAUAUAUAUACAUAUAUAUAUAUAUAUAUAUACAUACAUACACACAGCACCCCUCACACACACACUGCACCCCUAAACACAUUAAAAUUCCAGACACACACUAGAUCCUUUAGCCAACUCUGGAUGAUCUACACACAUACACUAGAUCCCUAUAUACACUCUGAAUCCGUUAUAUACGCACGCUCACUAGAUCUCCUAUACAUAUUCUGGGUCCUUCAAACACACACAAGACAUAUAUAUAAUAAUACACACACACAGACACUCUGGAUCCCCUAUACGCACACUAGAUUCCUUGUAAGCAAACACAUACUACAUUUCCUGAACACACACUCUCUACAAACACUACAUCACCUAUACACACACACACACACACUAUAGCCUGUAUGCACACACUUGCUACAUCCCCUAUACACACAUUCUCUACAGCCCCUAGCCACAUAUGCAUUACAUUACACCAUAAACACAACACGACUAAAACCGACCUUAUUACACAAUACCACACCACGACCAGCUCACUCUGCACACACGCAAUACCACAAGCAGGCUCCAAACACAUGCACAAUACUCUUUCCUGGCCCUUUUGUCUCCUGGUAUCCAUUUAUAGAGACACCAGAGACAAGUUGCAAGGAAACACAGUGCAAGCAUGUUAUUAAAUUUGCUUGCACUGUGCAGAACAAAUACAGGGCUCUUCAGUAGAACUCUGCGCAUGGUCUGCCCUGGAAGAGCAUUGAACCAACAUGCUCACUUUGAAAGGGGGCAUAUUUGUCAUGAGUGAUGACAAAACACACCCUCUCUGCCCAGCCCCCUUCUUAGUGGGCCGCUGUGAUAAAAAAAAUGCCUGGGCCAGAUUUCUUUCCCAGUCCGGCCCUGUCCACUACCAUUGCUGGAGAAACUGACGUUAUGAGCAGGUGUUAAUAGUGGAGAAUGGGAGCAGCAUCCAUCAGACAGUAGGUAAGAAGUCAAACAAAGAAAAAAUGGUUUGACAUCUUACAUUGUGGUGGGUGUGGGGGAUCAGUAAACAUCUGGCGCCAUAACUGCUAGAGCCAGCGGUAGUGGUUAUAGUGCUUGCAGGGUAUCUUUAAGGAAGCGUGCUUCACAGAAAUGAAUUCAGGUGCCUUAGAAAUCCCAACAGCAGAGCAUUUAACCAUUAUAUGUAAAUAUCUCAGCUACUAAUUGUAUGUGACAAAAAUGCCAACAUUUCAGACACUUCCUCUAGUGGACUAAUAGAAUCUCUAAAACAUGUAUUUGCCAAUAUUGCUGUGAGGAUCAAUAAGUAAAUAAGAAUAUUUUUUUCAAUAACUAAUUAAUAACAUUUCAUUUAUGAACUUGCUGUGUUAUGUAGAUAUGUAUUUGCUGGCUAUAUCUCUGUGUUUUGAAUGCUGCACUUUCUAUUUUAAUUCAAAUUAUUUGUUGGUGAAGGGGGUUUACUAUGCUGGGCAGCAUUGCUAAUGGAAUGUGUGUUUGCAGACUCUUAUGAAUAAAGCAUUUUAUUAUAGGUCAUGUCUACACUUAUUUACAUUUGUUUUGAUGCUACCCCUUCCUGUUUCAUCUCCUAACCCCUUAACCCUUUUAUAACCUAUACCAGUGACUCGCUUUGUUCUGCUCCCAAAAAAUAUUCACACUCACAAGUUGUCACUAUGCUCUGCCCACAUACCAAUCCUUCACGCUGUUGGGCAGAACACGAAAUGUACUGCCAUGUGGUAUCUAGCAUUCAUGUGCUGCAUGCUUCAUGGUGCAAAAUAAUCCUUUAAUAAUGCUGGGCUCCCAAAGUAACUGCCUUGAUAAUAGUGAUGAUUUCUCUCAAUCACUAUUAUUAAAAAAAAAAAUAAUACAUGGUAAGUGUUCAAGAAACCAUUAUGUGGGUUGUUAAUGCAAAAUACCAAAACAAAUUAAUCUUAAAAUAAUAAUAUAUGGUGUGUUUAUAUAUGGGCCAUGCUGUCCAAGGAUAUCCAGUCAGUGUGGUUUUUAUUCUGAUGGGCUGAUACAAAAUGUGUAAGUUAAACCACAAUAUAGACCCAGCCACACUCUCCCCCUGUGUGUCUGUCACCCCUAGCACAGUCUCACUGUCUCUGCAUGUUUUGCUUCCUGCAUGGGUAGUGGGUGUGUUUGCUGGUCAUGUGACUCUGACGUCACUUCUCAGUGUGCUGGUAAUUUAGGGACUUUCCUAUACAGCUCCAACUUUCCUGGGGCCCUUCCCCUCCCCCUGACUGCCCUGCCAGCCCUGGUGUACUCUACGUGCUGUAUUCCCCUUAUUCUUCAGAAAGACUGAGAAAACAAAAUACUCUCUAUUUCCCUGUUUGUCACUCUUUUUAGAGCCUGUAUGGGCAAGGGCUGGUUACUAUGAGCUGCUGAACAUUCUGAGCUGGCUUCCUCUGUGUGAUUUGUCUUCUCUGUACCCAGGACUCUUUUUAACUGGAUCUACCCCCCUGGCUACCUAACCCCAGAGAGAAGAGGGGAUCAGGAAGAGACGUGAUGAGCUUUAAAGUGGAAAGAUAUGAUUCUGUAAGUAUCUUGACAUUGGUUUCCUACUGUUAAUACAAUGUAUCUGUGAGUGUCAGUGUAUACAAUGUAUCUGUGUGUAUCUGUGAGUGUCAGUGUAUACAAUUUAUCUGUGUGUGUGUGUAUGCAAUGUAUCUGUGUGUGUGUGUACAAUGUAUCUGUGAGUGUCAAUGUAUACAAUGUAUCUGUGUGUAUACAAUGUAUCUGUGUCUGUGUGUACAAUGUAUCUGUGAGUGUCAGUGUAUACAAUUUAUCUGUGAGUGUGUGUGUGUGUGUGUGUGUGUACAAUGUAUCUGUGAGUGUCAGUGUAUACAAUUUAUCUGUGUGUGUGUAUGCAAUGUAUCUGUGUGUGUGUAUGCAAUGUAUCUGUGUGUGUGUGUACAAUGUAUCUGUGAGUGUCAAUGUAUACAAUGUAUCUGUGAGUGUCAGUGUAUAUAAUAUGUCUGUGUAUACAAUGUAUCUGUGCUGUGCUCACAGUGUAUAAUCCUCUAAUAAUAAAUAUGGGACACACAUAAAGGAAGAUCUGAGCUGUGAUUGUACUGUAACAGCUUAGUGGGUUCUACCUUUUGGUUUACGCCUGCUCAUUUAUGAAAUGCCUAAAUAAUCCAUCUGCUCUACACAUUAGCUCCUCAUAUGAUCAACAAUAUGAUGUGGGGACACCAGAGAUUACAUUUUAUACUAUUUGUGAUGUGUUUUCUGUUGUCAUUAUUUGAAUCCAUUUUCUUUCAUCUGCUAUGCGGUUAUGGAUGUAUUUCAUUUUCAUGUAAUUUGAAAAUGCAGUUUAGGUAUUGCGAAAUCCAACUUCUGAUCUGCAGUAUAAAAAAAUAAAAUAAAAAGUAUACAAAGGGCUGUUUGCUUUACAGUGUUAUUACAUUGUGUGUGUGUGUUUUGUGUGUAAAUCUGGACUGUUUAAUGUACACCGUGGUAUUCUGUUGCCACAUUUUGUAGAAGGCUGUACUCUCUAACAAUUUUUAUAUUAAAGCUGCUUUAUUCAGAUGUGAAUGAGAACAAUUUCAAACUUUUCUGGUGGGGUUAAUACAAGUAAAGUGUUUGCAGCUGCAUAUUUCUUGUUUAGCCAUUUCCGCUUUGUAUAUAUAGCUGAUAUGACCAGCAAGCACAUCCUGACAAAUUUCGUCAUACAUGUUUAACACUAAAUACAGAGAGCUAGAAUAUAGCGGAUCCUUGCACAUGUAGAUUUAUGUUCUGCAUCAAGCCUUACUAAGGAAUAGUUAGCGGUAGAGGAGGCUGAUCCAUAAAGGCUGGUGGGGCUACCCCAACUCCCCUCACCACCUGUUUUUUUUUUUUAUUAAUAAAUCAUUAAUGCAUUGACGAGGUAAGGACUUAUAAGUGUAAAUUAAGAUAUAAUUACAAUGAUUUUCAUAAUUGACUGCUGAAAGCGCCAUAUUUUCUGCAUAUAGACCUUAGACAUGCUAUAUAUGCUCUAACCGGAUUUAUUACAUCACCCAUUGGCUACGCAGUGGGACAUCCGUUCUGGUAUGCCCUAAAAAAUCAGGGGGUUGAGUUUGAAUUCUUUAAUUGGUCGUUUCAAAAAAUAAUAUAUCUGUAAGAUUAUUGGGUUGAACAGGGCAUCACAUCUCACCAUGGGAUGUACAAAGUUAAAUCCUGUGGGUAGUAUCUAGCCCUUAACCAUCUUGAAAGUUCACCAGCCAGCAAUGGUUUCCCUCUGUAUAUGGGAACGAAGACGUGUGGGAUUUACUUUUUCUUGAGAACUUUCUUUAAAAACUUCUUAUAAGGGGUUCAUUCAUUGCAUUACAAAAAUAAUAUGGACUAACUCACACAUUGCAUCAACCAAAUGGCUCUUAAAGAGGGGGACAAGCCUGUACCUGUGCUCGAGCAGCAGAUAUUUUCUUUGUGGUACACUAAGAAGAAGAUAAUGCCCACAGGAUUAUACACUAAAGUGGGAACUAGCUGGAAUCCAAAGUGAAUUGUAUAUUUCAGGCCCAAAAAAAGCUGAAUUGGAUGAAUUUUUUUUGUCCUUAAUUUCUAUUUAUUUAUUUUAUUUUAUUUUUUGUGCCUAAUGAUGUACACAUUGGUGAAUAAACCUGACAGAACACUGGAAAGGGCCACAAGAUGUGUGAAUAUUGAGUAUUUACCGAUUUGCCCUGAGAACCUGUCACACUAGUAAAAACAUUUUCAUGUCAAUCCCCCAAGUGCCCCUGAGCUAAAUACACAUGUUUGGGUAGGCUUGUCUAUAGUCAGUUCUUAUAGAACAUAAUACACUUCUUUAAUCCUGUAUGUCCUUUGGGGUAACAUGUCUUAGUUCUUUAAAUUUAACAGAUUUAAUUUGUGUUUAGAAAUGCUGGUGUAUCAAGUAUGACCAUGAAAUAGUAUUCAUUUUGAAGGAUUGCAAUGUGUUCUAUCAAGGUGUGUGAACCCCCCACUCCCCGGAUGUCCAUUGCUUUGUUAUUUAGUAUCAGAGCAACCAAUGUCCCAAAAUGUACUUUGAGUUUUUCUUCUUGUUUUCGAUGUGAGCUUUUUGGAAAUGCAGUAACUUACACUGUAUAACCUGCAUUUCCACGUACAUUUUUUUACCUUCAUUUUCUGUUCUGGGUUGAUUUGCUUUUUUCUGUUUCCCUCUCGUUGUUAGUUUGCAAUCUCUGUCAAGCUAUGAGUCUUAAAUCUCUGGGAAUUCCCAUAUUUCUAUUUAUUGUGAUCUUAAGCAAUCUGUUCAGUCAACUGUGAUGCAGAGUUGGUUCAUAAAUACCACAAAAGCCCCUUUAAUUUACAUCCUGUUUAUAUUUCUAUAUGAUCCUUAUUUUCUGUUUACUCAUUGACUUCGCGCAGGACAAGAUUUAAAAAAAAAAAAAAUAUUGCGUAAUUUUAGUUUGGGUGCAUGCAGCCCUUAAUUUGUGGUUGGACUACAAUUCCCAUUGCCCUCAUUGGGUGAUGGCAAUUUCUGGCCUAAACUUUAAAUAAAUAAAAACACACUGUGAAAAUUCAGUGAAUCUAAAAAUGUAGACCCCUGUCUCUUGAACAGCUACAACUCCUCUACGUUUAGGCUAACAGCAUUAUGGGAGUUUUUCAUACAAGUGUCACAUUUUGGCAUUAUCUGUUGGGAUUAUUGGUGAACUCGGACCUGUGUGGUCUGUUGUAGAUCUUUCUUGUGAACUAUUAGUGUAGUUUCCUGUGAUUGUGGAUUAUAUAGAAAUCCUGGCAGUGUUUUUGACAGCGCACAGUUAGUAUGAGAUGGAUUAGCCAGGCAGAUUGUGACCUACCUAUAAACACUGUAUAAACACAAGACUAUCUCUCCUUAAUUUGAUACGGUGGAAGCUGGCACUAAACAUGCAAUCACAAGACAAUUUAAGUUCUCCUCUUUUUUUGGCUACUUUUUUAUUUUCUCCACCGUCGGGACACCUGGUGGUUGUUGUGGUGGGGGAAGUGCAUUCGGAAUGCAAGUGUACCAAACACCAAGAUCUGAAAACCGUUUGUUUAAUUGGUUUACAUGACUUUCAGUCCGUUGCUUGUUCUCAUUUACACUUGCAUAGUGCUGGGUUUAGUGUGAAUAUUGAUAGCUUAUUUAUUCGAUGCCAGGGAGGAACACAUGUUGGCAGAGACGGCAAAAAGCAUGCCCACCUGUCCAAGUCUGUUUUGUAGCUUGGUAAGGCCUGUUGGCUUGUUCUUAGGCUCUUCUUCAUCAUUUACUGAAACCAUGGUGGCUGUGGAUCGAAUUGCUCCAGAUCCCCUAAUUUUCGAUCAUAUUGAUCACUAAAUCCCAGAUUAAAGGGACACUAUAGUAUCCAAAACAACUUUAGCUUAAAGAUGCAGCUUUGGUGUAUAGAUCAUGCCUCUGAAAUUUCACUGCUAAAUUCUCUGCCAUUUAGGAGUUAAAUAACUUUUUGUUUCUGUUUAUGCAGCUCUAGCCACACCUCUCCUGGCUGUGACUCACACAGAAAAAAAAAAUUGGUUUCCCUAUCAAUCAGAUGUAACUUACUUUAAAAGUUUUUAUCUCCUGCUCUGUGAAUUGAACUUAAAUCACACACAGAAGGCUCCUGCAGAGUCUAACAAGCUAUUAACAGUGCAGAGGAUACGACAUUUUCAAUUAAACAGAAUUUGCAAUGAAGGAAGUAUAAACAUUACAAGACUCUUUACAGGAAGUGUUUAGAAAAGCUGUGCAGUCACAUGUAUAGAGUUGUGACUAGGGUGCAUAAACUAGAGUUAAGCAAUUAGACUGCAGGGACAUGUUCUAUACACCAGAACUGCUUCAUUAAACUUGCAUUGUUUUUGUGACUAUAUUGUCCCUGUAACGUUCACACUAAAGGAAACUUUUUUAAAUGUAGACUUCCGUAUUAUACCACCUAAAGGACUGUAAAACAUUUCAUACAAACUUGUUCAGUGUUGAUGGCCCUCUUAUACCUAUUGACACUUCAGCACCAGUCUAAGUGUUUGGGAGUGUUACAUACUUUGUCAAUACUGAAUCCUUACCUUACAAGUAGCUGUGUAAUAGGAUGAAUUUGCUCUAGGUAAGCCAAGGGGAAGUAAACGUUUAUCCCUCUCAGCACUGAUUAGGGAUCUAUCAAUGACCAAACAACAUUUGUUCCCCUUUAUCCCCCUUCAGGUGGUGGCACGUUGGUUUCAAAGCACACAAGGUUUUAAAACAAAAAUACUCCUGAAACCUUGCUCCCUGCUAUAUAUAGUGUAUGCAUGCAAAUACAUCAACAACUUAAUAGUCAUUUUGAAAGUAACCAAUAGCAUCAAGCAUUUCGUACCCAGUUGUUUCUAAUUCAAGGCAAAAUAAAAGCAUGCAAUAUUGUUGCAAUCCAAUCAUAACGGUGGCCAGUCAGUUUUAGUUAAUAACUCCACAUUCAGCAAAUGCUGUAAAAAGUGAAAAUUAAGUACGUCUCUACAUCUCAUUUAAGGACAUAAUGUGGGAGAGAUCACCUACCUUCUGGAAUCUGAAGCAGAUUAAUAAAAUGCUUACUGACAGUGGUUCCUUUAUUGUCCAUUUGGAUAUUAUUAUAGUGAAACUUUAACAUUAGAAAUACAAAAAUGUUAAUAUUUUAGGUACAGAGAGGGAAAUAAAGUACUUUAAAAAGGAAUUGUCCGUUCUACAUGAAUGAGAGUUACUUAUUCAUAAACACUGUUAUAGCAUUUACUAGGGUGAACAGAGCAGCGGAGGUAAGUAAAAAGCUUGCAUCCACCGCACUUUCAUAUUGCGAUGAGAUCACCAUACUAUUAUGACUCGGGCGUGCAUUCUAACCGAGGUAUCCUGGACACAUGCAUGCACCAGGCAUGUAACUGAAAAUAAAAAGUACAAAAGAGAAUUUUAAAGACUUGUACCACAAAGCGAUUGUGUUAAAAGUGAGCAAGUGACAGUUUCUCUGUAACUCUCUUUUAAUCCUUCACUGCCUCGUACCUUUAUUAAGAAUGGGGGGGCUACUGAUUGGCUUAGAUUGUCAGUUUACAGCUCUAGCCAGUAUGCAGCGCCACUGCCCAGCGGCACUCACUCCAAGCUUCCUGUAACUCAAAUUCAGAAGCCGGAUGCCACCUGAGGGACCUUGAGAUUGGUGCUGGAGGCAACCUUUGGGGGUUAGACCAUUGAGAACAGUUUAAAUGCUUAAGGUAAGAGUGUGCCUCCUGCUACCAUAACAACUUAAUUUAGACUACGUUCUUAUGGUGACUGGAGUGUCCCUUUUAACAACUGUAUUCAUGAUCACAAUAUCUACCUUCACAAGUAAUGGUACCAUUGCUUGCAUGGUUGUAAUUCUUUAGGUGAAAUGAUGGUAGGGGUCACAUUCUAUCUAUCGAACAUGAAGUUUCUGGGGAGGUUGCACAUUAGCGGUGUAAUGUGAGAUAAUGUACUGAGAUUCACAACAUUGAACAUGUAAGGCAUUCUGGCUUUGCCAUUCUGAAAACACCUUUUCUAACCUAAAAAAAAUUUGUGUUUUAUUUUUAUAUACCUAGAUAUAUUUGGUAAUCCCCUCAUUGUAGUCGUCUUCUUUUUUUUUUUUCUUUUUGUUUUAUAGAAAAUAAUUGGGGGGAAAAAUUAACUCAUCUAUUUUUUUGGACCACAUACUACACCCCAACUAUGUGUAAUAUUUUGGGUACUUUUUACUUGCUGAUCAGUAUAAGAAUUGAUUUAGGCAUUCUAGCUUAACAAAAAAAAAAAAAGCUUUCAAUAUAGUUAAGCAGCUGUAAUUUCCCCCCUUCUCCCCCAUGAGUAUUUCGUAAAUAUAAAAUCGUUAUGAAAUACUCAUAUUAACUGAAAUUCCAACCCAGUCAAAAGAUGUACUAAGGCUACUACUGCUAAGACUAGAUACUACUUUGUCUUGGUAUUUUUCCUACACUUUACAAAACUUGAGAAAAGGAAGAGCUACCUAUGGCAAGUUUUGCCAUUUCACCAGCUGUCUCCAUUGAUGGCUGUAGGAAAAAAGGCUCUGUCUAUGGAGGAUACUGUGGUCUUGCAAGAUACUCCAUUGACCUCUAGCUGGACUCUCACACAUGUGCCAGAGUACAAAAUGGAUGUGGUCUCCUGGCAGUUGUACCACCAGGACUUGAAGAGGACUGGCGUGAAGUCCAUGACAGCGGCCCCUUCCUCUGCGCCACCAGACACCCAUCGGAGCAGUCACCAUUGGGGGUCUUAGUAUAGUAUGCAAAGAUCAGGGAUGGUGUCAUGGUUGCUUUAAAUAUCUAAAAGCGAGUUUUAUUUGCUGUCACAUACGUUACGUGAGGGCCACUGUAAGAGCAUGUGAGAAUGGCUGAAAAGAUUUUGAUUUAUUUUUGUCUAUCACUGAUUUCAUCUAUUUCUGUUAUUAGUACAUGUUUGGAAAGCUAGAUGAAGAGAAGAAUGGUCUCUCAUAUCAAACCGGAAUGAUAGACAUGGAUGGCAUAGAUAUGGAUAUUCGUAAGUAAACAUUAUAAAGUAUGCUAAAAGAAAACCACAAACCAAAACUCUAAAACCGCAAUGUCUAGAGUGAUGUGAACUGUCCAGCUUCUCCAUAUUGAUGAUUCUGAAUGUACUGUCAGUAUCGGAUUGCUUAGAGACAGAAGAAUAUUGUAUGGUAUCCUCUCAGCUAUUAAAAAUGUUACAAUAUAUGUUAUUGCUAUAUAGUACUUUAGCUGCUUAUUUGCCGACCAUUGACUCAUGCAUAUUGUUUUAAAAGUAUAAUUUACUUUAUUGAUUUUAUAUCCUUGCUGUGCAAUGGAUAGUUAAGGAUGGCAAUGCAUGAAGUCCUUUAUAAUAAUGGCCUUUUUCUUUUCUUUGUCUUUUUUGCAGCAAAUGGCCCAUAUAUUGCAAUUAUUGAGCAGCCCAAACAGGUAUGUAGACUGUGUGAAUCACUAAGUUAUAGAGGGUCCAUAAUGCGUUUAAUUCUUUUCACUACUAUGAAAACUUGAAGGCACACUAUAGUCGCCAGAACAAUUGUAGCUUAAUGUAGUGGUUCUGGUGUCUAUAUACUCUCCCUGCAGGCUUUUCAGUGUAAAUCCUGAUGCAAAAACAAACAAACAAGUCCUUCACUCAAACUCCCACUACUGUUGGGCGGCAGCAACGACCAUAGUAAACAUUAGCCCCAAUACAUACAGUAAAAACCAAAGGCAAAACGUUAACGGCGCUCUCUCCGAAAUCCCUAUGUAUUUUCAAACAAAUGGAGGUUAUUUAGUUACUCCAAUUGUCAUUUUUUUCAGUGUAAAACCUGCCUUUUCAGGCAUUGCUGCGUAGUAACACCUCUAGUGGCAGUCACUUAGAUUCAAUGCAUCUGUUUUGUUGUGCAUGCGCAAUAGCCUCCUAAUGCUUUACUAUAGGAAAGCAUUGGAUUGGCUGAGAUCAACAAAAGUGAGAUUGGCAUGGCAUCGGAGAAAAGGUUUGUAAAAUCAGCGAACGAAGGGGUGCCUAAACAGCCACAUAGGCCGUAUAACAUGUUUGUAUUACUGACACUAGAGUGUUCCUUUAAUGGAUGAUUUCUGUGAAACAUGGAACUUGGCAGAUGAUGCCGGCAACGUGGGCUCCUUUCCCCAUGCCAUUACACCCCAAGCAGGGUUUCCUUUUUUGAGCUUUUGUAUAUCUGCAGGUUUCCUUCGGCAUCCCGGAUGAUACUAUAUCUAAUAAUAGUAUAGCCACAAGCAGCAUUAAUGAGUCCAGCUGCCUUGUAUUUAAACUUGCUCUUCAAGAAUGUUAGCUAGCUGAAGAUGGUGGGGUGGUAGGCAAUUGAGUUGCUAAAAUAUGUCAAUUAUUUAGUAUCUAGGUUAAGACGUUCCUAUAAUUUACAGAGUGGGAUCUAUAUUCUUUAUUGUAUGUAAUAAAUGGCUUAUACAUUUGUCUUUGCAAUUCUAUCUCUAUAUCUAAAAUUAUACUGAGAUACAUUGUCCACAAAGUGACGUUGGUUUGCAUGAUGUCAGCAUCAUUUUCAUCUAAUGGAAUAUUGAGUAAGUUGAUGUCCUCUUUGUUUGCCCUAGCGAGGAUUCCGGUUUCGAUACGUAUGUGAAGGACCAUCUCACGGAGGGCUGCCCGGAGCAACCAGCGAGAAAGGAAAGAAAACCUAUCCUACAGUGAAAGUGAGUGUGUCUUGUGUCUCAAACAUGUAAACAUGGCUGAUAUCCAGGAAUACCACUGAUUAUAUGUCUUUCAAAUUCCCACUGAAUAUUUUACUGGAUAUAUCAGAUAUCAUACCAAUGAUAGACAUGAGAAAUUUAUGUAAAAAAAUUAUAGGGAAUUUUGCAAAUCUACCCAAGAUAUACGCAAUAAAAGGGUUAGAUAAGACAAUUUCAGAAUUUUUGUUAUUAUUUCUGUUUAAAUGUUUAUAUAGGUAUAAUAUAUUAUGUAGCGUUUUGUAACAUGUGUCCAUGCCUCUUUUCUCUAGAUCUUUAAUUAUGUUGGUAUGGCAAAGAUUGAAGUAGACCUGGUUACACACACAGAUCCACCACGAGUUCAUGCUCACAGUCUGGUGGGGAAGCACGCUACUGAAACUGGAAAUUGUGUGGUCACAGUUGGACCCAAGGACAUGACUGCACAGUAUGUACUCUGUUAUUUCCUCCCUGAUAGGUUACCACUUUUCUGGAUUCUGACAUUACAGGCCAGAAUGAAUUUUAAAAUGACAGUAAUAUUUUGCUUGAAUAUUUUUCUACGUUAAUAGGUGUAAUAGUAAAGGAGCACUCCAAACCCCUAAAUCACUUUGCUAAAUGUGAAACUACUGAGAGCAAGAUAAAAAUCUGUUUAUAUAUUUUUUGAGGCUUUGGACCUAGCUGGUUUGUUUACAAACCGAUUAUACAUUUUAUAUAAUCGGGCUUCAUUUUUUAUUAGGGUUACUUCUGGAAUCACCCACUACAGUUCUAGAAUAUUCAUAAAACCUUUAAUGGUUAAUAAACAGGGAACUGGACGUUUCAAAAAUGUUUAAUCAAGCAGAUUGGUAUCUGCAGUUUUAUUCAGUUAGCUGUGAUUUGUCAGUAAUUUUAAAACUAAUUUUGGGAGUUUUUCCAACUCAAUUAUUUUGGGUUAAGUUCCUGACCAUUCCAUUGUUUCGUGAAUAACCUUGAUAAUAUUGAUUAUUCAAAUUGUAGUACAAAAUAGCUGAAUCCUAAAUUUUGUCUAAGUCCGCUGUGGUUUCAUUUUGGUUAUUUAGUGCUAAAAUUUGAAAUUAACUUUCGGUUCACUUUGACCUCCUGACAAUUCAUACUUGUGUGAAUAACCCAGUGGCAACGGUUUUGUUUGACCUCUACAGGAGCAUAUAUUGUAGUUAUCAUAUGGCUUGCUAUAGGGGUGUUAAAUGGGUGCUUGGCAAUCACAAUUCUACUGCAGUAUUAGUUCAUGUGUAAAGUGCAUAUUACUGAACAGUCUGACAGGUGUCACUGUGUGGGGUCUUUGUGAAUUGGAGUCCAUCGUAAAUGUAUAAGGAAGAACUUUAAACCUUUUUUUAUUUUUAUUUUUUAUAUAUAUUUUUAGUUAUGUUGAAUUUGUAUGCUUGUAUGUUAUUUAUUGUUUUUAAAAUACUCUUCUUCAGGUUUAAUAAUUUGGGCAUUGUUCACGUCACUAAGAAGAGCCAGAUUGAGAUUUUGAAAGAAAAGAUGAGACAGCAGAUAUUAAGAAACCGAAUUGGAAACUGCGCUCUCUCUGGUAUGUGUGUUGUCUCUGGAAGGAUUGUAGAUUUCCCUUCCCAGUGCUUUUGUAACUGUCUUUAUUUUUUGUGCAUCUCAGGGUUUUGUAUUGUAAGGCUGGCUAAACCACCAUCUAUCCUCUCAUUGGGGUCACUAUGUCUUUAAAUGGCAAAUCAGUCAACUUCAGCUUGCUGUGAUAUUUUUUUAUUUAUUUUUUUGAGGUUAACAGUGUCCUUUCUUUGUCACUUUAGACAAAUGCAUAUUUCAAGAGAAAUUUAACACUUUUUCAUAGUGUAUAGGUUGCACCAUCCCAGGGGUUUUUACAUUCUCUAUAUGUUGGGAUACAAAACGAGCAAGGAAGACGUCUCACAACAAAAUAUUGGUUUCAAAGCUUCUCUGUGAAAAACAUUGCGCACACAGCACUAUAUAUUGCCACACAUGCACCAUGCCUCUCAGUGCUUCCCUAGAGAAGCAUUCUGUUGGCUGUGAGAUCAUCAAUACUGUUGAACUCACGUCGGGCAGAGUGGACCUGCAGUGAGGGAACAUCUCACCACUGGAUUAGUGGUACGUUACAUAUCAACUUUAUUUUGUGGGAAAAGGGGGUCUGGGGUUCUCAAUAGCAAAUACAGCACUCCAAUGGUGUUGUAACACUUAUUACUACUGUUGCAAUUGGAUGCCUGAACAGGAUGCUACGCGAGGUGGGUAGUUAAAUAGGUAGGUGGGGACAGCUCUGGGCUUCUUCUCUGUGAAACUUAGAUGACAUUAAAUAGUUACAAUGUGUAGAGCAAACACAAUUUAAACAGUUCUUUGCAGUAAUGCCAAGAAUGUUUUAUCCGUGAAUACACUGUACUGUUGAAUACUAGGUAUGGCAUUUAUUGAGGAAAUGAUUUUCAUUUUUGCCUGUUACACUAGCUGUUUUGGAGUUCUGCCAUGAUGGGUUAAACAGAACGCCGGCUGUUUGAUGUAUGCCUACAACUCCUUAAGUAGUUUUCAAUAAAUCUGUGUCUCUGGGAUCAAACAGUGCUAUUGAUGGAACAAUUCACAUUUCUCAAACAAUAAAAUGAGCAGGUGAACAUGCACAUACUCCAUAUCUCUACAGACACCCAGCAUUGUAUAUAGUACAUUUAUUUUUUACAUUAUAAUUUUUCUUGAUUUGUCUGCUAUACUUUAAAAAGUUCACGAAAUUGUCCAGAUUUGAAAAGUUGUUAACUAUCCAGAAACUGGACCGUUUAUUCCUGCAAGAUAUUUGAAUAUACCAUGCUGAAUGUUAAUCUGUGCCCAUGAGCUGGUCGUCACUCCAAAAUAUAUUUUAUUGUACUCUGGUUGUUUCUUUGUAAUAUGUAACCUGUGAAUUUUACUUCCACAGAGGUGGAGGAGAGGAAGAUUGAGCAGGAGGUUAAAGAGCUAAAGAAAGUUACAGAUCUGAGCAUCGUUCGACUGCGAUUCACAGCCUACCUCCCCGAUAGCAAUGGCUCUUUUACACGACCUUUAAAACCAGUCAUUUCAGAACCAAUCCACGACAGCAGUAAGUAAUCCAGACUCUUUGAGACGUACUGAGUAGAAUACAGCUACAAUCCAAUCAAUAACAUUUCAUACAUUUAUCUACCCACUAGUGCUACUACAGAGUGAAAAUAAUCUUGUGUAUAUCAGAAAAAUUCUGCCCCUAAAGAUUGUACAGGCUGAAAAUGUUAAUCUGGUCAGGACUUACAAGAAUCCUAGAUGUGCAACCUUUUUAAACAAACAAUCCAAAGUAAAUGUUCAAGCACACAGCAGUAGGUGAAAUGCACUCCACAUUUAUUGAGGUCCUCUUCAUGAACAGCAUAACUUUUCGACUUGGUGAUAGGACUUUGUCAAGCUCAAAAACUUGCUAGCUGGUUAUCAGUUAUGCACCUUACGUGUGUGUAUAUGCAUAUGUAUAUAUUUAUUAAUGUAUGUGUGUGUGAUAUAUAUAUAUAAAAAUAGAAGUUUGAAGGCACUCACUGUUUUCAGUUUGGAGAACCACCAAAGUCUUUAGAUAAUAUAGCCUUGGUGCUUCACAGUGGAACUAUAAUACAUUCUUUAAAUAAUGCCAAGGAGUAGGCACUCGCAGGACUUUGUUAUGAAAAAGUAAAAAAGUUUUUAAUUGUGCGGUGUCAACAUUUCGCACCCACUCGUGGUCCUUUCUCAAGACCUUUUCACCAGGUGCUGGUGAUAUUUCUACAUUUUUUUUUUUCUUGAACAAACCAUCAGAAUCUUUUUAAUUACUUUCCUAACAUAUAUGUUUGGCAAAUUUAUUUAUAAUCCGUUUACCCUGUAGCUUAGACAUGGUUGUGUAAACCCUCCUUAUAAUCAAUAGUCACAGAAAAGUUGACUGAUAAUUCUACGAAGGCAUGUAAAAAAUGUCUCCUCAUUUUUUUUCCCCUCACACACCUUUCCCCAGGUGUGACAAAAUUCCUAUAACACCGCACCCUGUUUUUUCUUUUUUUUUUUAAAUUCUUUUACCAUUGUUGCAGUAAAUGUCUAUAAAUGAGUUCAGAGGUUGGGUUGGCUAAAAUGGGAGACGGAUUAAAAUGGCCAACUACCGAUAUUUAUUAUAGUAUGAACAUAUGUAGCCGUCAAGUAAAAAGCCAUUCAGCAUGCUGUAAUGUUUCCGGUUUACAGCUCUGCAUUAUAUUCUGCUUCAUCCAAGCAGAGUUUAAGGGACAUUCAAGCACUGUUGUAUCUUUUAUUCUAAAAUCCCCAUCUAAACCCCGUCUGAACUAUUUGUAAGAAAAUUUUAACAAAAAUUCACAAUGGAAAUAAUAUUACAUUUAAAAAACACAGCCGGAGUUUUAAUGCACAUCAAAGGUACGCGCAUCGUCAGAAAAUGAGUAAGCAAGUCAGAAAUGUUGCCUGGGUGUUUCCAAAAAUAUUGAAAGAGGAAGAUAAGGCACAUUUGAUAGGCUGUGUUUUGAUUUAGGGACUUUCCCAUUCUGUCCGCACACGAUGCUCUAUGUAAAUCAGAAUUCCAAGGUUUGUAUCCAAUUUUUUUUAUAGCUGUCUUGUCUUAGACAAAAGGAUUUUUUUUUUUAAAUGGAAUUACUCCCCUGAUUAAUCCAGGUAAAAUUAAACAUUUAGUAAUUUAUAGUAUUUACACUAAAUGUUAAUUGCCGGUCAUAAAUACUGAGAGAAGCUACCUUGAUUUAAAUAAUUACUUAUUUUUUUCACAUAGGGUGAUGUGAUCUAUUCUGAUACACUACUAUAGAUUCUGUUGAUUUUUUUAAAAAAAUUUUUAUUGGAGUGAUUUCCUUUUUUGGGGUGGGUGGUGCAUCAUCUGCAUGUUUUCAAGCACUUUAUGUGAAAUAUUGUUCUUUAAAUAGUUGUUGCACUUUAGCGCUGUGCACAUCUAUAAGCACUUUAAGUCAUAAGAUUGUUUUAUACUUCAUAGUGGUUGUACUUUAUAGACCAGGGGUAGGCAACCUUUGGCACUCCAGAUGUUGUGAACUGCAUCUCCCCUGAUGCUUUGCCAGCAUUAUAGCUGUAAGAGCAUUAUGGGAGAUAUAGUCCACAACAUCUGGAGUGCCAACGGUUGCAUACCCAUAUCUGUGUCCAUUUUGUUUCCCAGCCCUCCGUUAUAUGUCUGAUACAUGGUGUCCCAUGCAAAAAAAAAAAAAUCAAUAAUUUUAGAUAUACUAAAGAAACUGUACAUAUCAGUUAUAACUGGAAAUCUUACAUAUAUAAUGCAAUAUCUUUUUGGCGGUUCUCACCUUAUUUUAAGUGUGUCACAAAUGACAGCAGUUGUCAAAGCAAUUCAACAUUCCUCAAAUGUCAGUAAUUUCAUGAAUUGCAUUUUUUUUUUUUACAUUUGACCAAAACCUCAAAGAAUGAUAUGUCUACAUUUAAGGUAUGCAAGUAGAACAUCGUUCUUCAUAAUUUGGUUUUAAAACUCCAGCAGAUGUAUAUGCACUUUAAUCUAGAAAAUCCUGUUUCAGGAGGAUUGGAUUUUAUAUGCUUUUAUUUGUUUCCUUCAUUUGGGCAAAGAGAGAUCCUUGGGAAGUGACAGAUAGCCUUUAAGUUUUUUUUUUAAUAUUCUGUUUACUUCUCCGGAUAUUAAACAAAUCUGUAUUUGCCAGGUGUACAAAUAGAACUAGAUGUAGAAAUCCAGUCUUUAUUCUGCAAAUGUGUGCCUCCUUCUUGGCUCCUUGUCAUUCAUUGUUAUGAGCUCUGUCCUUUGCACUUGGCAAUCAGCACAGCAAAGACAUACAGAGAAGAGAAAUUUAAAUAAUGCUUCUAUUUAUCCUGUUCAUUAGCAUGUUUGUCCUGGUUCUACCUUGUCUGAAUAGGAUCAUGACAUACUUUGUGAAAUCUUCCAUGUAAGGAAAACAUAGCAUACUUAACACAAGUUAAAGGUGAAUCUCUGUGUUUUUUGACAGUUCCUCUUUAAACGGAAUCUGUAGUCUCAAAAACAACAAUUGUUAUUUCGGGACUAUAGGUGCCUUUAUAUCGAUGUGAACACUUUUUUUUUUUCCUCUGUAAAAUGUAUGAUUAUUUUAUUUUACUUACCUGGUUUCCACUACUGCAGCCUUCAGCUCUCCUUCUUGUGAUGUCUGCAAGCUAACGUCACCCACGAUCUUGUCUAAUCUAAUGUUUCUCGUAGAGAGGUAUUGGGGACGAGAACGCAUGCAUGGCAAAAUGCCAAGAUUUACUCUGUUAUGGAGGUAAGAAGACUGCCACUAGAGGCGUGCUUAACCCUUCAAUGUAGACAUUGCAGUCUAUAAAACUACAAUGUUUUACAUUAAAGGGUUCAAACUACAGGACCACUGCACUCAGACAACUUUAUUGAGAUGAAGUGGUCUGCAUGACUUUUAAUGGUCCUUUAGGAUUUUCCCUUUGUUACCCAAACUCUUCAAUGCAGGGGGCAUGUAAUGAGUUGCACACUGAGUGCUUGUAGUAAUAUUAAUAGUCUCAGAAUAACUAGCUGAGCAGGGUGCAGUAAUAUGUGGAAUUGAUGAAUGAAAGAGAAAACAUAGACUUUAUUGGGAUUUGCCCACUUCGUCUCUUGGUUUCCAUAUGACUGGAAGAACAGUUCCAAGCAACUAUGUUGCAAUAACAACUUUUGAGAACGUGACACAUUAUGGAAUAUUUUUAUUGGUAUAAUAAGGUUAAAAUAGCCAGUGCAAUAUCUUGUAAAACUAAUAAUCAAACAGCACAUUAUUACCAAGAACACUAUAAUCUUUCUUGGUAUUGUUUGGAAACUCAACUUGUUUUUUCUUAAUGCGGUAAUAGUCUACUUGUGCCCACUUUUAUUCAAAGGAGCAGAUGAUUUCCUAUCGGAUAGGAUUGCCAGGAACCUGGAAACAACAUGGAGUCAGGGCUGUCAAGUAAUAUACAUUACUCCGGUCCAAAAGUAUGCCAGCAGUGGUUGCAGUUUCCCCACUACUGUAGGGAUCACAAAAUCUGGCCUCUUUAGAUGUUAAUUACCUACAACCCCCAGAAUUCUUGUUCAAAAUAAAUCAUCAUGGCGGUGUUCAUAAGGAAGGAUGGGACGUUCAAUAAGAUUUCUGAAACACAUCCAUUCACAGUCGAUGACAGAAAGGGGUUUGGAGCAAGUAACCAGGCUUGGAAUCACAUCGAAUGGAAGAACAUUUCCAUUUUAUGGAAUGGUUGAGAUUUUAAACUUUACAUUUUUAGUAAAACAAAUGCAGCUAUUCUUUCUGGUUUUAGUUUAAUUACUUGUUACCGUGUUACUGCCCUGAAGCUGACAUAAUUUCUGUGUUGUGUCCCAGUUUCCCAGUCAAGUUUUGAUUUGAAUAGCUCACAUAGGAAACUUACAGACCGUAUCAGAAGGUGAAUGCAUCUAAUCCUGGAUUACCUUUUAGUAUUUUUUUUUUUUUUAAGAUGAAGCAUAUCUUCAGCUUAUCAUCCAUUAGAUGGAGACCCUAAAGCAUUCUUUAAAAAAAUAAAUAAAUAAAAGACUACAGCUUCACUGACCAUGAUUUACAUUAAUAUUUCUUUGCGGCUCUUCUCUGCUGCCCUCUAGUGUACAGCAUCCAUAAGUCCUCAAGAUCCUUGUUGAUUAAGCUGCAUGGUCUAUUGGAAGUCAUGCCGUCUCUAGUGCUGUUUCUGCAUUAACUAUAUUGAUUGCUCUCCUAAAGACAUCGACCUGCCCACAACUGACGUUUAAUUUCAAUAACUUUUAUCUUCAUGAAGAAGGAUUUCAAGCUACAAAUCAGAAGCUCCAAGUUUGCCCCUGUGCCAAGGCCCUACACAUAAGUAAUGACUAUAACCUCUAAGUUGUAUAUAUUUGAAAAGGAUUCCUAUGUUCACAUCUACCCUACCUUCCUAGGAGCAACAGUGUCUGUGUAUAUAGCACGUACAUAUAUGGCUCUGUAACAUUGUACAUUCAGACCACCUUCUGCUUUCUUUUUAGGUGAACAGAUACAGGAAUUUAAGUAAUGAUCACAGAUCUCGAUCAACUAUUUUAUACAAUGCAGUUUUCUUAUAAAUUAAUAUACGUCAUGUUCAGGAGCGCCUCAGACCAACAUACUUUACUACAAGCAUUUGUUUUCAUACCAUAUCACUUUGUAGGUUCUGAGACAGAGUCAUAACUUGUCAAUCAUCGUGGUACCAAUGUGAGAAAUUCAGGAAAGGAUCAGGUUCUGAAGCUCUAGAUCGGCAUGCUCACCAGCCCUUUUUAAAUUUCCCAUCUUGGAAAGACAGUCCUCAUCAUAUAUUGUUGAAUAGGAGGAUCCUAAUAUACUAUGCUUUACAGGAUGACAAGAUUGAGAAACCAUUUAGUGAACAAAAUAUUACAUGUUUUAUUAAAGGCAUAACAACUAACUACUAUUUACAAUGGCUCAUAUUCCCAAUUUGCCCCAAAACAUGUGAUGGAUCAAGAAUUUUUUCUCUUUUUGUAACAUGUUCUGGUUUGCAACCUUGAUAUUGGGUUCCGAGGGGACAUAAUGUUUUUCCUGUAUCCAAGAUUAGCCCCACACUCACUAUCUUAUGUCUCCUUUAGAUCCUGGGAUUGUUCCAGUAAAUAUUUUUGCUGUGUUUAUCACGUUAUUGUUUCUCCUUCAUUAAGUCAUUGGGUGUACAACUGCAACAGGUGCAUAUUUAAUAUAAUCUGCAAUGCACUUGCGGAGUCUAGCACACCUUGUGAGUCAAAGACAACACUUACCAUGAGGCCUGAUAGGAGACAGGAAAGUUGAAUAGCUGAGUGGCAAAGAGUCUUAUCUUUUUAUUAGAAUAGAAUAAGGCAAAGACAUAGUCAGAAUUUCAGGAAAAGUAGCUGGUCCAUGCAGAGCAUGGUCAUAGUAAGGCUCUCUAGUUGGAUUUGGUAUAUUGGAAUUCCACAAUUAAACACACUUUUAUAGUGACUGGCACUUUACAGAGUACAGGAACCUCUGAGUGACAUUUCUGUGCCAAAGUGGGAUUUAAAUAAGGAGAGGAAGAGGUCAGACAUGUCCUAAAUGGGAUGCGUCACUGUAGUUAUCGGGACCGACCCCUUUGUCUGUCUGUCUCUCUCUCAAGUGUUUCCUGACACCCACUCUCAAUUUUAUAUUUUUCUUUUCAAACCCUGUCAUCUAAUGUUAUGCUGUUGUUUACCCAGAGUCCCCAAAAUGAGUUACUUGGGGUGCUUACAAUGACAAUAUUUGGUUUUAUCAGGCUGUUGUUUACUUGUAGUUGCUAUGGCAGCUGUUACCACAGGUUGCCAACCAAAGGAUUCAUUGUAUGCAUGUUUUGUAGUGGCAGCGGUCUGUGUAUAAUAAAGAGAACUCCAUAUAGCUGCAGCUGUUACAUGUGCAAAUUAACAUAACGCAGUAAGACAAAUUGUCGUUACUGGUUUAUAGCUUUUUGAGUUAAUGGCUUUAUUUAUUUACCCAUAAAGCAUACGCUGAGUGCUUCCAAAUGAAAAACCUUGAUUUACUAAGAUUGGAAGGGAAACUGUAUACUUUUAUGGAAGGGCGGGUUUAUAAUCAUAUAUGACACCUAGAGUAAAUCACUUUUCUUUACAUUUGCUGUAGGCUCAUUAAAAUGUUGACUUUGUAUUAAGUUUAUAAAAGUAAUAUACAUCCUCUUCUAGCACUCCAGUUAGUGCUUCACUGCCACCUGGUGGUGGAACAUGUAUAUACAUAUGAUGCAACUGUUCUCAUUUUAAUCUGUUUCAGACUGAAUGGUUAGGAUUUUUAAUGUCAUGGUUACAUAUAAUCACCUACAGUAUCUCACAAAAGUGAGUACACCCCUCACAUUUUUGUAAAUAUUUUAUUAUAUCUUUUCAUGGGACAACACUGAAGAAAUGACACUCUGCUACAAUGUAAAGUAGUAAGUGUACAGCCUGUAUACCAGUGUAAAUUUGCUGUCCCCUCAAAAUAACUCAACACACAGCCAUUAAUGUCUAAACCGUUGGCAAAAAAAGUGAGUACACCCCUAAGUGAAAAUGUCCAAAUUGGGCCCAAUUAGCCAUUUUCCCUCCACGGUGUCAUGUGACUCGUUAGUGUUACAAGGUCUCAGGUGUGAAUGGAGAGCAAGUGUGUUAAAUUUGGUGUUAUCUGGAAGUUCAACAUGGCACCUCAUGGCAAAUAACGCUCUGAUUAUCUGAAAAAAAGAGUUGUUGCUCUACAUAAAGAUGGCAUAGGCUAUAAGAAGAUUACCAAGACCCUGAAACUGAGCUGCAGCAUGGUGGGCAAGACCAUACAGCGGUAUUACAGGACAGGUUCCACUCAGAACAGGCCUCGCCAUGGUCGACCAAAGAAGUUGAGUGCGCGUGCUCAGCGUCAUAUCCAGAGGUUGUCUUUGGGAAAGACGUAUUAGUACUGCCACCAUUGCUGCAGAGGUUGAAGGGGUAGGGGUUAGAUUGUCAGUGCUCAGACCAUACGCCGCACACUGCAUCAAAUUGGUCUGCAUGGCUGUCGUCCCAGAAGAAAGCAGCCUCUUCUAAAGAUGAUGCACAAGAAAGCCUGCAAACAGUUUGCUGAAGACAAGGACAUGGAUUACUGGAACCAUGUCCUGUUGUCCGAUGAGACCAAGAUAAAUUUAUUUGGUUCAGAUGGUGUCCAGCGUGUGUGGCGGAAACCAGGUGAGGAGUACAAAGACAAGUGUGUCUUGUCUACAGUCAAGCAUGGUGGUGGGAGUGUCAUGGUCUGGGCCUGCAUGAGUGCUGCUGGCACUGGGGAUAUACAACUCAUUGAGGGAUCCAUGAAUGCCAACAUGUACUGUGAAUACUGAAGCAGAGCAUGAUCCCCUCCCUUUGGAGACCGGGACGCAUGUUGUGCAGUAAUCCAACAUAAUGACCCCCAAACACACCUCCAUGAUGACCACUGCCUUGCUAAAGACUGUAAAGGAGAUGGACUGGCCAAGCAUUUCUCCAGACCUAAACCCUAUUGAGCAUCGGUGGGGUAUCCUCAAAAGGAAGGUGGGGGAGUGAUGUCUCUAACAUCGACCAGCUCAGUGAUGUCAUCAUAGAGGAGUGCAAGAGGACUCCAGUUGGCAACCUGUGAAGCUCUGGUGAACUUGCCCACAAGGGUUAAGACAGUGCUUGAAAAUAAUGGUGGCCAGACAAAAUAUUUACACUUGGGACAAAUUUCGACAUUUCACAUUUGUUACCAAUGGUUGAGACAUUAAUGGCUGUGUGUUGAGUUAUUUUGAGAGGACUGCAAAUUUACACUUAUGCAGGAUGUACACUUACUACUAUACAUUGUAGCAGAGUGUAAUUUCUUCAGUGUUGUCACAUGAAAAGAUAUAAUAGAAUAUUUUAAAAAAAUGUGAGGGGGGCACUCACCUUUGUGAGAAUCUGUAUAUUAAUCAAACAUGUGCUUUGUAAAAUUAGAGGGAAAAAGUAAAACUCCCCACUGCUGUAUUUAGCCAUAUGGUAACUGAGCACCUCUGUCUUGGCUGCAUUAUUGCUGUAGGGUCUGUGCUUUUCCUUCCUCAAUGCAAUUUCCAUUUAGGCACCAGAACCACUUCUGGGGCAUAUAGCAGCCUCUAUAAUGUAAAUGCUUCCUUUUCUGAGCAAACGCCAUGUUUACACUGCUGCCUAAUGCUUCCUUUAGUUGUUGUCACUCCGAUAGCCACUGAAGGGGCUUCUUGGGUUCUAUCCUGUAGAGCAGUGGUUCCCAACCCAGUCCUCAAGUAGCCCCUACCAGUCCAGGAUUUAGGGAUUACUCUGUCGUGUAUAAAGUGUUAUUUUUUUUCCCCUUUCUUAAAAAAAAACAAAAAAUAACCUUAGUAAUCCUUAAAUCCUUAACUAGUAGGGGGAACUUAAGGACUGGGUUGGGAACCCCUGCUGUAGAGCAUGAAGUUACUGAAUGCUCUUCUUAGGGAUGCAUUGACUCAGUGCAUCGCUACAUGGAAUUGCUUACUGGUACAGCAAAGGAAUUUUCCACUUAUGCGGACUAGCUUCCCAAUGCAGAUUUGGUGAUCUCGUCAGGGGAAGCAUAGCAGCUGAGGUGGGAUUGGCGGGGCAAGGGUCUAAAGAGGAGUAAUACUUCUUUCUUCAUAAAGGGGGAUCAAUAAUCAAAAUAGGUGGGGUAACACUCCAGCAUUAGCUAUACAUAUUUGCAUUUGUAGUAAUCCUUUAAACCUAGAAUUUGGAAGUAGCGAAGAAGGUAUAAAUGUUUCUGUUCACCCUCCUCCAAUGCAGUGUGUGUGCCCUCCUUUUUUUUGGCCUGGGCUUUACAGGUAUGUGAUGCCAUUUGCUUUAAUAUAUAUUUUAAAGAAAACACAGCUGCACAAUCUAAAAGAUUAGAAAGAUCUUCACACAGAUUAAAGGUUUAAUGUUUUAUUUGUGGGUGAAAUUUCCAGGAAAGUGAUUUUAACAGAUCACACUUCCUCAAACUGACUCAUUUAUAGUGGCUUACAAGCUGAUAGAUGUUUCAGAGAUGGGAACAUUUUGCUUUGUGGUUUACCUAUACAUGUUGCAUUAUUUAACAUAUUCUGAGUGUAUUUAUUUAUUUUUUAAAACUAUUUUCUGUUAUGAAGAUCACUGAUCGCUGUAGUGUAACUGGAAAUCCCUAAUUUGUUGAGAAAACUGAGAUGAAUAAGCUAUGGGACGGACUGGUUUCCUAUGACCGGUUUGUUCUAUGUCGGAUUGCAGACCAUUACUUAAUUUAUUUUGCCUUUGUUCCAGAACAUAGAAACAACCUUCCCCCCUUUCUUUUCUUUGCAGAAUCUCCAGGUGCUUCAAACCUUCGAAUUUCGAGGAUGGAUAAAACUGCAGGUUCUGUGAAAGGUGGAGAUGAAGUCUACUUACUCUGUGAUAAAGUACAAAAAGGUGAAUAGACUGGCAUUAAUCAACAUUUCACUCUCAUACAUGUAGAUUAUAAUGUGAAACCUUCAUGCACAUGUUACGUCCAAAGAUUCCCUUUAUAGGCCAGCUUAGAAAUACAUUGCAUACAUUUUUCAGUGUGUGCAUGUUUUGUGUAGCAUUAUGUGAAAUAAUUUACAAACUGUCAAAAAGGUGUGAGGGACACAAAAUAGGUUAAUUAGCAACUGUCAUGCAAUGAUAAAGGUGUACAUGGAUACAAAGCCUUUAUAUACAUGAACAAAGUAUUCCAUGUUUUCAUGUUUUUGAAAAUCAAUUCUAUAGCUAGGUUAUAAAAUGUGGAGUGAUAAAUAAUUUUAUUGGGUUGCAGAAACCACCUUUCAAUACCCAUACCAGUGAUUCUAGGUAGCACCAUCUGUUCUGUAUUGGUUAUGACUUUCCCUUUAGAGCGUUAGCUAGGACUAGCGAGCAGUCUCAUCAUCACUUUAUUCCUUUCACAAACCCACAGAGUUCCCAUUGUACUAAAGUUAGUUUUUGGUGCUUUACUAAUAUGCAGUGAUAAAAGUAUCCAACACUGUAAAUGUGUUUGAAUCCAAUUUCAUUGUGGAUUUUAUUCUAUUUGUAGAUGACAUAGAAGUAAGAUUUUAUGAAGAUGAUGAGAAUGGUUGGCAGGCGUAUGGAGAUUUCUCACCAACCGACGUCCACAAACAGGUAAAAACCCUCCAUAUCUGCAUACUUCUUGGUAGAUGGCACUGCAAGUGAUGUAAAGUGCUGGAUUUGAAGGCCACCUCGGCUUUUUGCGGGAUUUUUUUGGCGCAUACUUGGCAGAAACAUUUUUUUUUCCUAAUUAACAAUUUUUGAAGUUAUGGAAUCCACAUCUAAGAACUUAAUUUGGGCAGUGACUGCAAAUCACAAAAGGUGUCUCUAAUGGUAAAUUUUCAAACUGGAGAGACGUGGCAAGUGUUUUGGGAUCCCUUCUAUUUAACAUGUCUAUAAAUGAUCUUGGAAAAAAAGCAUUGAAAGUCAUGUUUUAGUGCCUCUAUUCCUUUACAGAGUUUUGUGUCAUCUGCAACGUGAGCAAGAUAUUACUUUGCUGCAGAGGGAUUUAGAUAGACUGGGGGACUAGGCACUCAAAUGGCAGAUGAAAUUUAAUGUUGAAAAAUGCAAAGUUAUGCACUUCGGCAUAAAGAAUACACAAGCAACGUAUACCCUUAAUGGAAGCGAAUUAGGGAUAACACAUGAAAAGGACUUGGGAAUUGUUAUAGACAACAAACUAUGCAACAAUGUGCAAUAUCAAUCAGCAGUAUUUAAGGCCAGUAAGGUAUUGUCAUGCAUGAAAAAGGGCAUUAAUCCAGGAUGAGAAUAUAAUUUUUCCUCUUUAUAAAUCACUGGUUAGACCACAUCUUGAAUAUGGUGUGCAAUUUUGGGCACCUGUUCUUAAGAGGGAUAUUAUGGUACUAGAAAAAGUGCGGAGGCGGGCUACAAAAUGAAUAAAAGAAAUGGAACAUAUCAGCUAUGAAGAAAGGUUUACAAAUUUAAACCCCUUUAGUUUAGAAAAAAACUUGCCUCAUUGGGAAUAUGAUAAAAUUAUACAAAUAUAUCCGGGGCCAAUAGAAACCAUUGUGUGGAAAUCUAUUCACAAACCGGACUUUACAUAGGACAUGAGGUCAUACGUUUAGACUGGAAGAAAGAAGAUUUCGUCUAAGGCAAAGAAAAGUUGUUUUUUUUUACUGUAAGAACAAUAAGGAUGUGGAAUUCUAUGCCUGAAGAAGUGGUUUUAUCAGAGUCCAUACAGAUGUUCAAACAGCAACUAGAUGCAUACUUGCAAAAACAGAAUAUUCAAGGAUAGAAUUUUUCAAUGUAGGAUAAUAACUUCUUAAUCCAAGGAUUAAUCUGACUGCCAUUCUGGGGUCAAGAAGGAAUUUUUUUUAAAAUUUUUUUUUUUAUAGCUUUGUUGCAAAAUUGGAAGGGCAUCAAACUGGUUUUUGUUUUGCCUUCUUUUGGAUCAACAGCAAAAAACAAAUGUGAGGAAGGCUGAACUUGAUGGACGCAACUCUCUUUUUAGCUAUGUAACUAUGUAAUACCCAGAAUCCCUGUGAGAUAAUUGAGGUGACCAUAUUAAGCAUUGGUAGCCCGACUACAGGAAUCUCAAGAUCUGAUUGGACACUGAGCACACAAUGCGUAGAUUUCAGUGACAUUUGUAAAAUAUGUUGGUGUUGGGCCAAAGAUAUUUUGGAGGUUGACCCAUUAAAACUUGUACCAUGACCUGGUCAGAAAUGUUGCCUUGCAAAAUAUAUACUAAAUAAUAUUUAGUGCUUUGUUUUCAAAGGGAAAAUGGUAGCAGCUAUGUCAACUAUAUUUUCCCCUGAGUUUAAAUGGCCAAAAAUGUACAAAUAAACACCAUCUUGAAAUUACUAAAACCUGCGUAUUCCAGCUGCAGUACUGUAAGCCGUGUAUUGGAUAAUGAAUUUAUAGUAGUUACCUUUUAAUAUGUGAUAUUCUGUAGUUAAUUAUUUCCUAUAUUUCCUCCUCUUUUUUUUUUUAGUAUGCCAUUGUUUUCCGGACACCUCCAUAUCAUCAGCAGAAGAUUGACCGUCCGGUCACAGUGUUUUUGCAGCUAAAACGCAAGCGUGGUGGAGAUGUCAGUGACUCCAAACAGUUCACCUAUUAUCCACUGGAGCAAGGUAAGAAGAUUUAGGAUUUUGCAUGCACUUUUCAAAUACUUGUGUUGGGGGUUGAUGUAACACCUCUCAUUUUGCAGACAAAGAAGAAGUUGAGAGGAAGAGAAGGAAAGAAAUUCCAACCUUUAACCAUUACUUUGGUGGUGGUGCACCUCUGGGAGGUGCUGGAGGAGGAUCUGGUGGCUUUGGUGGAAGUAAGUUCUAAAGGUUGUCUUAAUAAACCUUCUUUAGUUUAAGAUCAGUGUUACACUAAAAAUGUUUUAUUUGGUAUUUCCAUAAAUUUAUUUAUGUCAAUAGAAGGCAUGUAUUCAGUCAUUCUCCACUUUACUUUAUUGUUGUAGUGUCCAAUCAGUAGUGAAAAUUUAUUGUGUAUUGCUUGGUUCCCCCAGAUAGUUUGAUUCGGAAGCUUCUGACGAUGUACAUUCACCAUGCGCAGUUUUCUUUUGCAUUAUGUCAAGCACAUGGGUGUGUUUUAAGAGCCGAGUGACUCGUAUGUUAGUUCUCUAAAAGCAUUAACACCCCAUGGUUAAACCGUAUCCCCACAUUAGACUAAGAUCUCAGCCCUAGAUUCUGGACCAUUGCUGUAUAACAAGGAACAGUUUGGAAAUAGCUGCUACAGAGCGCUUGUGAACGAAAAGUAUUUCCUGUCCGUUUUAUGUUUAUUUGCAGUUUGCUUACUUUUCUGUGUGUGUGUAUUGCAAUUCAAUAUUUUAAAACAAAAAGGGUACAAACAUUCUAGUCUCCCUUCUCUUCUUCAAAGUAGGAACUUUUGAGCAUAUUUUAUUUAUCUGUUUUUAAUGUAUUUAUGUAAGGUUCAAGUCCAUCCUGAAACGUCCCUUUGAAAAAAUAACACAUCUAUCCAAGCAUAAACAUGUAUUUUUCAUAUUCUUUAAAGCAUUAGGAAACAAUAUGAAUUACCAGUAUCCUGGGAUGACCACUGGUUUCUAUCCAACUACAAACUAUGGGGGCUCCCACCACGGGGGAGGACACAUGAUGAAAGAUUCAACAGCAGCAACACACUGUGCUGAGAAUGCGGAACAGAAAAUAAACAUCAAGAAAGAAGAUGGAGAGCCUUCCGCUGGAUCAGUUCCAGAAUCCUCUGCAACUUCACAAAGAGAAGCUUGCUAUAACAACAUGGUUCAUCAAGGUAUGGAUACAGCACUUAUGUGAAGAUUAUAUAAGAGUUUUGCAAUAUGCGGUGUGUACUGGCAGAUAAUUAGAAACCAUGUAAACAGCUCUUCUGGUGCUUCUCUUGUAGUGACAUUUUGCCAUAAGAAGAUGAUAACAUUUGCAGAGAGAACGUCAAAGGCCUUGAUGGACUAUGCUGUCACCGCAGAUCCCCGCAUGCUGCUGGCUGUGCAGAGGCAUCUGAUUGCUAACCAGGAUGAAAAUGGAGACACGUAAGUUUAAUUUUUCCAGAUUUUAUGAGCACAUUCUACUUAUUCCACCCUCUAUGGCAGCAGCAGAAAUGUCUGUCUGCCGGGAGAUAUUUACAGAGGGCUGACAGCACUAGUUGGAAUGUAAAGGUCACUUUGGAACUAUAGAAGUUCCACUUUAUAAUGUCAACUUUUUAAUUCUCCAACUUUUCACUGGUUAGUAAACCUCUCUGAACUUGCUCAUAUUUCUGUACCUGCCCUGUUAAGUGCACUUUAUGCUGGAUCACUGGAACGCAAGGGUAAAGCAUUAAUCAACUGCUUUAUUAGUUAAUGACUUGUGAAUACAAUAUUGCCAAGCCAUUGCACCAUAGCUAUUUAUGAACCGUUUCCCAUAAUACUCAGCUAGCUAAGCAUUAUAGGUCAAAGUAGUGUAGUUCCCAGACAUCUUGAGUGCUUGUUUUGCCUUUACUUGAAUUGCCUACAUUAUCUCUAUUAAAAUGUGUUCAUUAGAACAUCAGGUGUGAAGUGUGCCCUGCCAGAGAACUGAGCAAUGCUCUUCAUCAAACCAAUGCUUCCACCAAAUAGUUAGCCUGUAUGAUGUCAUUGUGUGUUCCUUCUUACAUAUAAGCAUAUUUUUCAGGCCAUCAUCCCUGGAGCUAUCUUGCACUUAGUAUAUUUCUGUACAUAUCUUAUCAUUUAACAAUUGACAGCCUAAAGACACAUUUUCCAUCUCCAGGUCAAAAUACAUGGUAGUGUUUGUGGAUUGUAAAAUGCGUGUAUAUGUAUGUUUAUUAACUUGCAACUUCCCUAAGCUUAAUACUCUUCAAAUGAUGUAUUCCCAGGUGUGCGCUGUUCUCUUUGACAUUGAACCAUGCCCUUUUAUAAGAUCAUAGCUUGUGAUAAGUGUCCCUCUGGUGACUUUUCUCUGCCUUCCCUCUACAGGCCUCUGCACCUUGCGAUCAUACACGGGAAGACGUCCGUCAUCCAGGAGUUAGUACAAGUUAUUUUAAGCAUUCCCAAUCAACAGAUUCUCAACAUCACCAACCACCUGCACCAGGUAGCACAAUUUCCAGUCCUUUCUAUGAUUCCUCAGUGUGAAUAGUAUUUACAGUCUGAGGCUACAUUAGUUUUCUUAAAGCUGCAGAUCUCUUGUCUGCAGCCUUUUUAAGCCCUUCCCUUCUAAUCCUGCCCAGACUUUUGUGACUGUCCAAAUACAGACUUCAAAUUGCAGCUCAAUGAGAAGUCUUUGCAAGGCAGGUGCUCUGGACAAUUGCCUUCCUCUUAAGUUUUACUCCACUGAGCUUAACAAACUAUGCAGUAAACAGGACUGACAGUCUGCUUGAAAGCCAGGGGGGCAAAACCAGGUUAAUUUAUAAAAGUGUAUGUUUUGUUUAUGGAAAUCUGCACUUUUUCUAAGUUAAAAAGGGGGAACACAUAAAGCAUUUCAGCAAGCUAUAAUACUUUUGGGGGUCUAGAGUGUCCCUUUACAUCAGGCGUCAAGUCCGGGGGGAAUAAAGUGUGGGAACUCACCCAAGAACCCAAAAAGUGAAGGAACACUGUUCCCACGCGUUCCUGCAGUACUUGAGCCCUGCUUUACAUGUUCUAGGUGCCUUCAAUCGUUCUUUAUCCUAGCACAAUAACUGGUUUGAACCUCUCUUUGGAUUGCAUUGCACAACUGAAUUCCUGGUGAUACUAGCUAAUGGAUUUGACGAAUACUGUAAUUCCACUCCUAGCCUUUGUUCACAUACAGUGGCCCCCAUGUUUUAUAUUUUCAGGAUGUACUUGGUUCCUUCUCUAAGCCCAAAUGUCAGUGCCACAUGAGAAUUUCUCAGUAUGCGAUAAUGUUGUCUGCUGCCAAUCAAUGGGCUAAAUGAGCCAUGAUUUGCAAGGGCUUUUAUGUCUAUUAUAUAGCAUGACCAAAAAGUGAAGGCAAAAUGAAUAGUAUUACUGUAAAAUUUUACAUUUAAUGUGAUCUGCCAUGUGCAGAGGACUACGCUGAUAAAGAGAAAAAGCACUUCAGCUUUCAUAUUUGUGACUGUUUUUAAAAGUGACUAUUUCAAUACCAAUCUGAGUUUUUUUUAUGAUUUGGAAAAACGACCAUUACCGCCACUCAGCCAGCCAUGGGUGUUUUCUUCUGCUUCUCUUAGCAUCACAGAAGCAGCAGGUGUACUAAGCUAGUGCAUUACAGCUCAUUGAGAUGAAUAGGAAAGCUGCGAUCGCGUGGACACUCACAGCUCUAGCAGAUGGAGCCUGAGAAACCUCUGAUUGGUGAAUUCACUGAAAGUCUAUUGUGGAAAGAGGGGAGAGCUUGCUGGAGCCUGCUGGUCUGCAACUUUUGGAAGCUGUUUUUUCAUAUGCCCCCAAAUUAAACAUGCAUAACAAAAUACACACAUGCUUUCUUUAGGGGCAUAUCUACUAAACUUAACAUUUUCAGUGAAUGUUCCUUUAAGACCCACCACCAGCCAGUUUUGGUUUUAUGCUACACAUUUUUUCCCAUGUUAAUAGUUGGUCAUUUUCCUUUAGACCCCUUUGCAUCUCUGUGUGAUCACCCAUCAAUCUAAGAUCGUGAAUGCAUUGCUGAGAGCCGGGGCUGAUCCCACCGUAUUGGACCGCUAUGGCAACUCUAUAAUACACCUGGCUGUUCAAGCUGGAGACGAAAUGAUGCUCAAAGUCUUGCUGAGUCACCCAUCGGUUGCCCGCACAAACCUUCUGGAAAUGCCAGAUUAUCACGGUGAGCCUAACUUGGAUACAAAUCUCUGGCAAUUGUGAUAAAAUAUCUGAAGAUAGUCCUCAAUUUUUGCUGAUCCUGGCCACUAUAGAAACUGUAUCAAAAUCCUUUACCAUGAGCAAAAGUGCAUUCCUUGGUCCAGUCAACCAAGACACGACUAUUUACUCAAACGUCUCUCAUUGUUCCUGCAGCAAACGAUUAUAUUUUGUCUCUGUGAGAACAAUUCCUGUCUACUUUUAUGGGAAACACAAUGUCUUAUAUGGCAGCGACAUGAAGUCAAAGUUGCCUAAUAACUUGUUUGUGUUCAAAUUUAACUAGAUUUUUGGGGAGGUUAAAAAAAAAAUGCUGAUUAUCAUAAAUAAAAUAUUUUAAAAACAAAACAAAGUUAUAUAGGUGAAAAAGGCAUAAAGUUUAGUGACACUUAAGCAGCAAUGUCAUAACUGCUUUGGCUACCUUGGCAAAAUUAUAAAUGAAACUUGUCAUUUAUAUAGGACGCCAAUGACACACAGUUUUCUCAUCCCAUAGCCUCUGGUGUCAGCGAGAGCUGAAACGUUUCCAUGUUCUGUGAUAUUUGGAGAUCUGAAACAAGAGCCUGUUUGAGUUUCUAGAGAUAUUAUGUGCCAUGUGCUCAACUGUAUAAGGCUUAAUAUUUUGUUUUUGUAAAUAUCUAGGAAAAAGGUCUAACAUCACCUCUACAAAACCAUAAUUAAAUAUUUUUUUUUGGCAAGAUGAUGAUAGUAGGACUUAGAACAAAACUAGAGGCAAGGCACAACCUUUGUCAUUUCUCUUCUUUCAUAAAGUUUUUACGUACAAAGUUUUAUAGGAAAAACAUUUGGGUACAGAAAGAAAAUCAAAUGACAGGAAUGUAAUAAAACAAAAAGUAGACUUAACAGGUUUAUAUAGUUUGGGGAAUCUCAAAGCAUGGGAAAAAACUCUUCCAGCUAGCUCUGUGGAUUUCUCAAUACUUCAAUCUUUAAUCAAUAAUCCUUUAGAAUAAAAAAAAUUAAAAUAGCAGAUUUGGACAGGGAGGAAUAUCCAAUACUUGUUGCUCUGCAGCAGAGUUGGCUUAGAUCUGCUAUAGUGUUUGAACAUGUAUCUCGGAGCAGAGAAGGUAUCUGGAAGGAGAAAACGGGUCAACCUCUUAAACAGGAUUGAUGGAGAAAUAACAAGCAAAUUGCACACUAUAGGAAAAUGUAGCUGAGCUGUUCUGUUCUACAUCAUUUCCAGUUUAGUAGAUAAUCACACAAAUACUGCAUUCUGGAAAGGUUUUAGGUUCUCUGCUGAUUUUAAUGUUGGAUAUUUUUGUGCAGGUUUAUACGCAGUUCACUGGGCAGUGAAAGUAGACAAUGAGAGGUGCUUGGAGCUGCUGGUAAAGCAUGGAGCUAAUGUCAAUUCCAUGGAAAGGAAGAGUGGCCGAUCCCCUCUCCAUAUAGCUGUGGAAAUGGACAACUUAAACAUGGCCACGUUUCUGGUGAAGAAGGUACAAACCAAAGCACUGUCAGAGGCAUUGUUUUAAAUAAUGCACACACACUGUAUCUAUCACAUAGCAAGACACUGUCAAAUAUCUGUGCCUUUUUUUUGAUGACUUAUGGAUUACCAAAAUGUUCCUUAGUGCUGCUAUCAUGUUAACCAAAUACGCAGUAAAUAGAUCAAAUACUUUGUUCUUUAUUUUUAAAACAAUUUAUCAUUAAAUUGUGUUUAUUAUUUUGUUAGAAUACCUUUUUUAUUUAGUAGUUAUAAUUCUUCACUCCAUCUAUUAAUGUUAUUUUUAGAAUCCAGUAGAUAGAUGAGAAUUUCAAAAUUCCUCUCUGGAGGUCUUUUUUCAAACCCAUAAUCUUUAAAUUUUUUGGGACACUCUGGACACUGUAAAGACUUCAUCUCUAUAAAGUUGCUACGGUGUCUGGACGUUCUGGGUACCAUCUUACCUAAACAGGUGAAACCAUUUUCAGACAGUUGAACCCCAAACCCCUCUGUAUACACCUCCUACCUCCAAGACUACCAGUGAUAGGCUGAUCAUUACUGGCCUCCCAUUGAGAAAUAUGCUUUAUAAAGUUACGUAUCUAAAGCAUAUUUCUCAAUGGAAGGGCUAACACUGGCACCCAUGAAAAUACUUCCACAUUGGGGUUGGAAGAGGAGGUGGAGGGACCAGGACAAGCCCUAUCAGAGAGGCACUUUGGGGUUUGAAAACAGUUUUACUCCUUAAGGUAAGACAGCGAUGAGGACCUCCAAAUGUUGUUCUAGUACCCUGGAGUGGUCCACUUUAACAUCUGAUCUUUGAGAGAGUAAACUUGCAGAAUCUCAAUAUUCUCUGCUUCUAUCUCUCUAUAUUUAUUAAAUGGUCCUUACUUAAAGCAUUCAUAUAUUAAAUGUUACUGCUGAUAAUUAAUAAGCCAUUUUCUUUAACAGUUAAAUGCUGAUGUAAAUGCUCGAACAUACGGAGGAAACACCCCACUGCACCUGGCUGCCAGUCUUGGGUCUCCUGUACUCACUAGGAUGCUGCUCAGUACAGGUAGAACAACUUCUUUGAGUCAGCUAGACCAGCUUUUUGCUCCGUGGAGUAAAAAUGGCUGUUAUCACAAAAUAAAUCAUACCGUUUAUUCAUACUUAUGCAGUAAUAACUACCAUUAGAAAGUAAUGCACCUAGAUUCACUGUAACCUUUUAUAUACUGAACAUAGUUAUGCAAUUUGGAUAUUUAAGGUCACCCUGUAUUUGAUAGUCCUUAAAAAUAAUGACAUUGUUUCUGGUUCCAUCCCGUGCCAGCUCCUUCUCUCAGUUUGCACAUCAAGGUAGUGUAGUAGAGAGUAUAACCCAUUGCGAUUAUCUACCUAUGCAAAUUGAUACUUUUUACCCCAUAUGUCAAACAUGUUUUGUUAAAAAAAAAAAAUUUGGCCUGUUUACCUAUUGUACAGCUCUGUGAAAUAUGUUGGUGCUUUAUAAAUAAUUGUACAUUAGAGACUGAAAAAUCAUAAUGAUCUCCUAUAGGUGAAAUGCCUUAUGGCACAGUAGCCAGUCUAUUGACUGGUAAAGUAUCCUGGGAGUUAAUCGCUCUGUAUCCCCGGGGUAUCUCCGUUCUAACCACCGCUACCUAAGGUUUUUUUACAGGGUUAGACCGGCAAGCCAGCUAUGGCUGUGUAAAGGGACUCUUGUCAUUUGUACGAGUUCUGUUUUAUUAUACAUCUAAUUCAACCUAUGCAUUGUGUUUGUCCAGACAGCUAGCAAAUGUAUAGAUCUGGUUGUAAAGUAAAAACUGUACUUACAUGUCAUUUGGUGCCAGUAUAGGGGGACUGGCAGGUAUACAGCACUUGCAUAAAGGUCUAUAUAAUAAAGGAGAGAAAACACACACUCACACUCACUCACUCCCUUUUACUUAUGCAGACUAAUUAGAGAGUCUUCCUUGCAGAAGGUACAGCUAAAAGAAUGUUUAAUGGCAAGGAUGGGAGUAAAGCCACCAUAUGUGCAGAUUCAAUCAGACAUACCUUUAACAUUUUAUGGUUUUAGUAGAUCAUGCCUUUUUCUUUUUUCUUUUUUGCUCAUUACAGGAGCAAAUGUUCUAUUGGAAAAUGAUGAACCUGUGACGGUGUCUGCAUCCUACGACAGCGAUUCCGAUGUGCAGAUGGAUACAGAUUCUGACCAUCAGGAGGACAGUGAUUCAGACAGCAGUGUAGCUAUGGAAUCCGACGGAGAAGAGAUGGACAUUAACACACCGUGUCCAAUGAAAAAAAUGCGUUCAGGCCACACACCAUUUGACUUAACCAGAAGUGACAAGGUAAUUGUCCUGUCUUUAUUAUAAAUAUUUAAUAAGUUACCAUGGCAAUAUGUAUUACAUAUAGCGACGUCUGAUACCACCACCAUCUCCACUAAAAUUGGGCAAUGUCAAAUUCCUUUAUGGUCAUUGAAUGGAUCAUGUAUUAUAAAAUGAGCGAGAAUUAUUUUGCAGAGUUUAGGUCAUUUUUACAACUAUAUUCCUAACUAUGAUAUUUAGCUUUUUCACCACGCUGCACUUUAUGUAUACCGGUAAUUCCAUAACUUUUAUACACACACACACACACACACACACAUACAUACAUACAUACAUACAUACACACACACACACACACACACUUUUCCAUUUGUUUUCAGAGUUAUUCUUCUUAUACGGUUGUGUUGUAUUGCAUUAAAUAUAGACAACAUUUCAGAAAACGUUAUUUUGUCUUGUUUGUAUUUCUUGCCUAUAUCUGCCUACCAAUAGCACAUCCAUGGAAAACUCAUAGUUAAUUGUAGCAUUAUGUAACUGAUAGAAACCGCUAAAUUACCACUGGCUGACAUUUUCCAACCUUCUGGGAUACAUCAUGUAUCUAUUAAAUAUUUACAUUUGAGCUAGUAGGAGAGUGUGAGGUUGUCCUGCUGACAGAUAUCUUGAUGCACAGUGGAAAAAGUUCCACACAUUUUUGCACUAUCUUUAGUCAUGCUGCCCUAACCCCCUGCAGUCUAUAGUGCUAUUGCUUUUAAAGUGCAAGAUUUAAAGUGCAAGAUUUGCUUUUAUUUUAACCAAAAGACUAGUGUGGAGUAAAAACAUAAGUAAAAAAAAAAAAAAUCAACUGAUCAAGAGCAGGUGUGAUAGGAACAAUGACUAAACCGUGCUGCCUCACAAUUGUUAUUCCUUCUUGCAUGGAACGGAACCUAAUUACUUUGUGUUUUUGUUCUGAUUUGCAGGUUAGAGAUAUCUUAUCCAAACACAUAUCGGCUUGCAUAACGAAGGGACCCGAGCCAGGUAAGAUCUGGCAUACCGUAGAGUUAACUGUGUCUCAAUCUGUUCUGUCAUGCUUCUGUUCAGUUACAGAACAUGGUAACCUACAUAUUUCAAAAGAAACUUGUCACUUCGCAUCUACAUACAUCUUGUAGUAUCAUUGUUUAGUGUUGUGGAAUGCAUUGGUAUACUACAAAUAUUAAAGGGACUUUGCUGGCUGCUUUUCAUUCCCUAUUUUAAGGAAUUAGAGGAAAAAGUAAACACAAUCCCCAUUAGUUAACUGUAAAGCAUAUUAUACUUGUCUUUGUUAAAAAAAAUAUUCGCUAUGAAUACACAAAAUAGUAUUCUUACACAAAAUCAUAAAUCUAUAUUAUUGAUUCUUCAUUGGGGUAACCUGCUUUGUCUAAGUGGAAACAAACAGUUUUCUUUUGCUUACAGCAUCUCACAUGUGACUGAAAUCUGUGCAUUGGACUUUUUAUAAUUAUAGUUGGUUUUCCCUUUUUUUAGAAAGUGUCCUCUGUCUGAAAUCCAGCACGGUACAGCGUCUAGAGAAGCUACUGAAUGAAGGUCAGACUGGUGCAGAUUGGACUGAACUUGCCAUGAGGCUGAACCUCCAAAGCCUGGUUGACACAUAUAGAAACACCACUUCUCCCACAGAGAGUCUACUGCGCAAUUACGAAGUACGUUUUUAUUGCAUUAACUUGGUUGUAGCAAAAAAAUAAUAAAAUAAUAUAAAUAUAUAUAUAUAUGUAGAGUUUGUAAAACAAAAUAUUUUUUGCCUUUAUAUUUUUAGCUUGCUGGUGGAAAACUUAGCGACCUGAUUAGAACUCUAGAAUCGAUGGGAUUGAAUGAGGGUGUCCAACUACUACGUACAUCAGAAACCUUUAUAAAACAGGAGAAUUCAGGUAAUUAGAACUUUCUUUUUGAAAAUUCUAGGAAGUAGUUAAUAAAGUACCCAUGCGGCCUGUUGGUUGGCUAUGUAUGAUUACACAAUGGGUCGCACAGAAUACGCAGUUAAGAACAUACAUAUUCUUCAAAUUUAUUUUAAAUCCGAAAUGAGUAAGAACCAUCAUAGUAUAAAAUUUGAGAAGUGUAACACUGCUUCUUAUUGCCCUAAGGAUUUCGGUCUACAUUUGAGGAUUAACCUAUGAAUGUGUUUAACUGUUUGGCAUAUUUUGUAUAGCCAGUACUGUGUGACUGAGGGGAUCCAAAAAGGUGCAAAUCACUAACCAACAGUGAUUUGGACAAUAAUCAAUCACAAGGCCCUGCAUAAAAUAUAUUUUGCUUCUUAACUACUGUGAUUUGGUGUAGCAACUUUUUGUCUAUUGCAGAAGUGGAAUAUAACUCCACAGUGUACAUUUACACAGUGCCUUUCCCAAUACUCAUAUUGUUCCUUCGAGAGGAACUUAAAAAGAUGUUGUGUUUCCAUUACACCGGAAUGAAGUGACACGUUAAUUUUAUUCAGUGCUAUUGAGCCUGCUUCUCAAGCAACAAUUUAGUUUUUAUCCAGAUGUUUUUCGUUUCAUCCGCUUCAGCUAGAAUUAAUUGUGGCUGCAGGGAGAAAUGUAUAUUUGUCAAAGAGGAGUUAUUUUUGCUCCUCUUAAUUAAGGAGGCAAAGUGCUCGAGAGGCUCAAAUCCAAACUCCUAUCAAGUAUCAACAAACCUAAUUUCUUCCCAAUUCAGAAUGAAUGCAAUUAUACUUUCCACCAUAAAAAUGACAGUAUGUUCUACUUAGUGGUGAGUGUCAGCAUGUGUGCUCCACACAUAGAAUGCUAAUACAGGAAUUAGCAGAAUAUACUUAUGUUCCACCUCUGUGUGUUCUAAGUGUCCAUCGCAGUCCUAGUUAAGCAUUAUUUCCCCUGGGUAAUGUUACUUUAUUUAAUGUUGCUACUACUGUUUGGCAUCUAUAUCGAAGGAAAGCUUUUUUUUUUAAUUUUUUUAUUUUUUUUUAUUCUGCUGCAUGGACCGACUUAGAAUACAUUUAACCCCUUAAGGACUGAGCCAAAUGUACACGUUGUGAUUAAAACAAAACGUAAACAAAAACUUGAAUUUGCGGCAUAUGUCUGUUCAGGCGUAAUUCGCCUCUUUCAUUUUAUGUGCACCCACACUUAUUAUAUAUCAUUUUAUUCAGGGGAAACAGGGCUUUCAUUUAACAUCAAAUAUUUAGGUAUAAAACAUAAUUUAAUAUGAAUAAAAUAUAAAAAAAAGGGAGAAAAUAAGAAUUUUUAAAAAAUGUUUAGUUCUACGUGACAUAACUGUGAAUGUCAUAAUAUGGUUUGCUUAUACUGCAAUAAAAUACACAUUUGUAUUAAGCGAUGUCUCACGUGUAAAACAGUACCCCCUAUGUACAGGUUUUAUGGUGUUUUGGGAAGUUACAGGGUCAAAUAUAUUAUGUUACACUUUUCACUUAUUUCACAUUGAAAUUCUGUAGAUUGGUUACGUUGCCUUUGAGACUGUAUGGUAGCCCAGGAAUAAGAAUUACCCCCAUGAUGGCAUACCAUUUGCAAUAGUAGACAACCCAAGGUAUUGCAAAUGGGGUAUGUCCAGUCUUGUUUAGUAGCCACUAGGUCACAAACACUAGCCAAAGUUAACGUUAAUAUUUGUUUUGUGUGUGAAAAAUGCAAAAAACUAAUUUGAAUUUGAAUAUAUAUAUUAAAAUACACUUAGUGUAUGUGUAAAUGUGUGUGUGUAUAAAUAUAUAUAUAUAUAUAUAUAUAUUUAGAUUAUAUAUGAUCUAAGUAUAUUUUAUUUGUAACUUUUUUUUUUUUUUAUAACUAAUAUUUUAUUUUUACUACAGGAGAGAGGCAGAGACAGUGUCAGCCAGUGAUUUCACAUCACUGGGUGACCACAGGGGGAGUGCCUGGAAGGUACAAGCACUCCCUCUACCCAUCUGCAGGGGGAUCAUUGCGCCUGUUACAUGUAUCAGCCAUUAGGCUGACACAUGUAACACUGAUCGCAGUGACAGGCUGUCACUGCGAUCAGAGCGCUCUGAGAUCGCAGUCACUGACCCCAGGGGGACUGCCUGGGGGGCCAGGUAUGUCCCCCGCCUGCAAUCUGCACAGGGGAAAGCCGACGGCCACGUGUGUCAGCAGAUUUGAAAUCGGCUGACACACAGUAAAUACCGAUCGCACUGACAGCCUGUCCCUGUGAUCAGAGACUGCAGAUCACGGUCACCGGCCACAGGGGAGGUUGCCUUGGGGGCCAGGCAUCCCCCUGACCGCGAUCUGCAGUGAUCGAUUAGCGCCGGCCACGUUUGCAGCCAUUAUAGCGAGGGCGUACUAUUACGCUUGCCGGCGUUUAGAGCCUGCUCCUGCAGGGCUUAACAGUACGCCCUCCGGAUUUAAGGGGUUAAGGAAAACUAUAAUGCCCCCCCCCCAUCUCCUUCUGUCUCUUACCUGAUUCCAGGCUCUGCCUCUGCUCCUACCUGCUGACGCCGAACACCUUAGGCCUUCCCCGAUAGGAAAGCAUUAUACAAUGCUUUCAUUCGGGGUUUUAGGUGAUCGUAAAUGACCUCCUGCAUAGAGUGAGGAUGGUCAGAGUCAGGCGACCAAAGUCAGUCUCUAGACGUGGCGAAAACCCUGUAAGGUAAUUAUUGCAGUUUAUCAAAAACUGCAAUAAUUACCACUGCAGGGUCAAGGGACACUGCAUAAAUACUACUUCAAUGUGCUGAAGUGGUCUGCGUGCCUAUAAUGUCCCUUUUAUCUGAACUGCUGUACAGACACUUGAAACUCCCCACUACAUUAAAUGAUACCUAACCUGACAUGUUUGCUCUUCUGAAAGUUAAGUGAUGAUCUCAAUCAUUGUAUUAAACAAUGUAUCAGGAUACAUGGAGGCCUAUGGCUAAUGAGCAGAAAUAGUGCUUGGCCGUCUGCCCUGGCUGGUAAAUAUCUGUGUGAUCUUGUACCAGAAAGCAAGAUUUACAGUCAAUCAAAAGCACAAGGUUCCAGGCAAACAAUUCUCUUUGUAAGUAUACAGUCAUGACAUUGCAACCUUUAAAUUGGGGCUCAAAAUUGUCUUUCACCCACUUGCCAGUGAGAUUAAAUGCUCUGAAACUUAUCAGUGCAGCUCGACCUUCUCUAACCAUGCAUUUGUGCUGCACUUUACAGUCCUCCUAACACCAUGUGACAGAGACAGUCUGUCGGGUCACAAAAACAAUACCUGACAGUUUUGGUGAAAAAUUAUUUUGCUAAGCAUUUUUAGGGUUUUAAUGCUAAAGGUUUAGAUGCUGUGCUAACAGCCAUUCUUUAUAUUGCACAUGGCAUUUGGGUUAAUUUUAACCCCAUACACAAUUAUUGAAUGACAGAUUCACUUGAUUUACCAAAAUAAACAAUUGUGUAAUGUACACACACACACACACACACACACACACACACACCUUAGCAAAUAUAUGCUGUAGGGCUUCAGUUUGUACCACAACAGUUGCACAGCAAAUCUGAUUUUUGUCUUUUGUUAUGCAUGUGCGUAUGUGUGUUAGAACUACAUAAUCAUAUUCCCUGGCAAUAACCAUGGCAGCAUUACAGUAGUCCAAACUGUCAUGGUGAUCUGAAAAAUAAAAUUGCAAUAAAUACGGAAACAACCUUCUGUUUAUUGGCCAUGUCUACAAUUGCUUAAAUAUGGUUAUGCUAUCCAUUUCAUACUUGUACAGUAGGUUAUUUAAUGCAGUCUCUUGUACUGUACAUACACGAUGCAGUUAUUUUCACAUUGUAUUCUCGAAGUAGCUUAUAAUUAAAGGUUUCUGUUUGAAAAUCAGUAAUAUUCAAUUCUGCCAGUGCAAAUGACUUGACAAAAGCAAGCUUGCAGAAUACUAAUGGUUAAAUCUGUAGGUAUUCUUAUUCUAUGUAGGUUUUCAGACCAACAACAAAAAACAUGUUUCUUUACAUUUGACUGCUUAUAUUGUAACAUCACCUAUGCAUGCAAUAACUGGUAGUAUGUUUAACUAAAGCAUGCUCAUCCUGACAAUUUCUGAUGUAUUCAUGCGAAAAAGUGACAACUUUAUUGUUUAAGAAUUUUCCUAAUUCGCAUGUAUGUGAUGCUGUGUUGUAUUAUUGAAACAAUGAGUAACAGCAAAAGGUUCUUGAGCUAAAUUUCAAAUAGGCAUUCCAUGGUAGAAGGUACCACUUAUAUUUAAUGCUUGAAAAAUUAAUGCAUUAAACAUGUCUUUAAAUUGAGAUUUGUAAUUGAAUUUGAAAUUGUAUGUGUUCCCUUACUCCUAGAAAUGAAAGUGGACAGCGCCUACGAAAGUCAGUCGGUGGAAGGGGAAUGUUCUACCAGGUCGUCGAUCAGUGAUCUCCCAAAACCUGCAUCCACAGGGACCUUGAACAUUUCUCCAGAGCUGGCCUGCAGCACUGAGCCAGCUAGUGGACAGUAAAACGGCAAAGUUUUGACCUCUUGCCUAUAGACUACAUUGAUCUAGAAAGCUUGGAACUUGACAUAUGACUUUGGAUCUUUCCAAUGGUUAAACAAUGCCAAAGUCUUUCUGAAAUGAGGGAACAGAAAGCAACAUCCAGGGGGCUAUUUGGAUUUUAUCUUUUGGAAACUGCUCUUUAUUUUAUUUUUUUUUAUUCAUCCCAAUAACGUUUGGUAAGUAAUUAUAACCAACCUAUACAGUAGAAAUAAAUCACAUAACUAUUGUGAACUGUGGACUAAAUGGUAGAAUGCUUGACUAUUCGCUACACUCUCUGGAUAUAAAUCGGGCCAAUUUUCCUCUCUUCAGGUAAUUUUUUUUUCUUUUACUUGUGCAUUUGUUCACUUUGAAUUCAUCACUAAUCUCCUUAUUUAAAUGGUUUUCUUUAUUUUUUAUUAAAAAAAAACAACAAACUGUG